AUGUUAAAGGGGCGGGGGCCGGGCGGGGAGGAGUUUAAUAGCCCUCAGACUAUCUCAUGGAGGAAUUCGGUGAGGUGUGGAUUCUAGAGGGGGGCAAGGUUAAGUAUAUUUAUUGUGAACCAAAGUGCAAAUAAAGCUUGUCAGAUGGGAGAGAGAAUAGUCUGUGGGCACAUUGCAGGCAAGUGUGGAGGCUGGUGAAUCCCAAAUGAGAUUUAGCUACAGGUGGAGCAGUCAUGCUUCACAGCACACUCAAAGCAGAUGGGCAAGUGAAACUAUGCUUUGGGUUGUUUUGUGCAUUUACUCUCAAGUAAAUUUGAAGAUACUAUGGUUCAUUCAUGUCUCACUAAACUCAGGUCAUGUUAACUAUAAAAUAUAUAAAAUGAACAACAUCAGAACAAAAAAUGUGUAAAGGGAGCUAGUGAAUAGUAUAUUCCAUGAAUGCAUUAAUAUAUGUGUUGUUCUAAAUUGUAAUGUAUUUCAUUAAAAAGGUGCGGGUCCGGGCAAUGACCUUGAGAAAAUGUUGUAUACUGUAUGUGUGAAUGGACAAAUAGCUCAGAGUGCGGAACCAUGAGUCAAAUAGUAUCUUGGAAAUGGAGGUUGUCCUCCUCCCAGGUACAGACACAACUUUCAUAAAAACAAUUUGCCUGAAAUAAUUGCUGCUGCGGAAAGCCGUCCGUAAAGGAUCAAUUUUCAUCAUUUAAAAUUACUGAACCCCCCUUGGAAGUAGGAGAAGAGGGGGGAACUUUUUCUGGACUGUUUAAACCUGCAGAAGAGAGAGUAAAGAAAAGCAAUUUUCCACCGUCUUGAACCUGGGAGUGGGGUGUCAGGACAGACGUCCUCUGGAAGUUCAUUGACUAUAGACAAACGUUUUUGACAGAUAGUUAAAAGAAGAGAAACAUAUUGAUUCCAUUGUUCCCCUGCGCAUCUAAAAGGAACAAAAUAUUGACAAAAUAUCUGAAAAAGGAAACUUUGUUGUUAGAAUUGCUUUAAAAAAAAAGAAAAAGAGAUGGAUACAAAUAGAAGCUUUUUCCCCUAGAGGGAGCUUGCGAAACUGUUAUUAAAUCUGAACUGGGGAGCUUUGCAGCUGCAAGAGAUUAAGAUCGUGGGACCAGACUCUGACCUUGUACAAGAAUGUACUCAGAGGCUCUGGUGCUUGCCUUCUGCAAGACAAGUGCUUUAUUGGAACAGUUACAUGAGAAGACGGAUUUGAUGACUGUUGCGAUCGGAAAUUUUGGACAGGCAGUGGGUACCUAUAUAGAACCCACUCAGGAAUUAAUCCAGGAGUGUGCUCUGACAGAUCAGAUGAGGGAGGAGGUUGUUGCUGGACCUCGGGAGGCAGAGAUGGAGGGAACUGUGGCCCAGCAGGAACAUGAGUUGUUGGAUUUGACGAAUGAACCUGGAAAAUCCAGAUUUGGAGAGAUAGAGUCUUGUUUGGCUUGGAGAUGGGGGGCUGGAUAGACCCCCCCUAUGCAGGGAUGUUUUGACCUUUCAAGUCUGGCUUUGGGCCGAGAGGAGUUCGGAGUUGUGGGGGCCCUUAACUUUGGAGGGACCUUGAAACAUGCUUUUAAAUACCACAUGGAGUUCAGUGUUGACUAUGGAAAAGGGGCUGAUCUGUCGAGAAGGGACAAAAAUAUUGUCAAGCUGGAGUCUCCACGAGGGAAAGGAGCAGAAGACAAAGUAAAGUACAGGUAUAAAUAUGAAGAAGACCUGCGGAAGGGACAUGGAAGAGACGUAAGAGCCUCAGAUAUAAGGUUACCAGGUUGAUGAACUAGAUGGAUGGGAUAGAAAGGACUGACAAAACCCGAGACCAGGAGGAAGAGACGUUGGAUGAAGAUUGGAAGAAAGCCUUAAAAAAUUUAUUUAGGAAAGUUUUGUAAAAUUAAUGAGUAUUAGAAAAAUGUUGGAACGAAAUUAUUUGGCUUUAGCAGAAAUGUUAAAAAGAAUUAUGUAAGAAUAUGUUAUGGUUAUGAGAAAUUGGUAUAAAUAAGAUUUAAGUUUUAAGUUUUAGGAUUUUUUAUGGUAAGAUAAGGUUAAAAUAGAUUAAGGUAAUUUAAUGACAGAAUAUUAUGAAAGAUGGAAAGGAUUUGCUGAGAUAAUUAACAACUAGAAUACAAAAAAGGGAGGUGCGAGGAGGUCGAUGAAAUAAGGUAAUGACAGUUAAGGAUUUGGGAAUAUUGGAUCUGUUUUUAAAUUUUUUGUUUAUUUUUGCUUUUUGAUUUUGAUGUAUUAUGUGUUUUGCUUUUUCUUUUUGAUUUUGAUUUUUAUCGAUUUGUAUUGUUUAAUUGUUACUUGUUUUUUCCUUCUUUUUUUUCUUUGUUUCUUUGUAAUCUUAAAAUUCUCAAUAUCAUUUUUUUUAAAAAAAAGAAAUAAUUGCUGCUAACAGCAUCAUCAACAUCAUCAUCAUUUUAUUUGUAUGCCGCCUUUCCACAGUUCAAACAAUGGCUUACAAUAUGAAAAGAUUUACAUAGUUACAAACAUAGCAAAGUAGUCAUAUAAAUAAAUAAAACACAUCAAAAACUACAUAACCAAACUGAACAAUUUCCACAUGAAAAAAAGAUACAAAAAAUUAAUAUCGGUAACAGCAAAAAGUCCCGACAAAACUUUCCCCAAAAUACCCCACCCUGGGCCAGGUGGAGAGAGGUAGGAACCCAGCAGGUCAGACUAACAGGUACUUGGCUUGUGAUAUCACAAUUCCUAGCAUAACAGCUAUAGCUGUGUCUGUGGGGAUGGGAUCCCAACAGGUACCUGCUGCCAUGGUAACAAGUAUAACAAUGCAGGUAUGGGCUAACCACAUUAACUGUGGAGUUGAGACCACCAGUGGUUGUUUAAUGGGUUUCAUGCAUGUCUACUCAGAAAUAAGUUUUUGCAGUGGGCUUCCUCCCAGGUAAGUGAGAAUAGGAUUGCAGUCUUAACCUUGAAGUGAGAUAGGAACAUAGACGUAGUAUCAUGGGUGUAGCCAGGAUUUUUGUUUGGGGGGGAAGAACCUCAGUUAGCUACAUAUUUUCUUGAUUUUUCUUAAUGGGGGGGCAAUUGCCCCUCCCUGCCCCCUCUUGGCUACACCCAUGACUAGUAUAUUAAAUCUGUAUGUGCCAAAAAGCCGGUAAACUUAGAAUUGGAACUGGCAUUCAAAGAGUGAGACAUGUGACUUAGCAGGUGAUAGUCAAGUAAGUUUUACUCAUAGUAGGCACAUUGAAAUUAAUGGGCACAACUUUGUCAGUUUCAUUAAUUUCUGUGUAUCUACUCUGAGUAAAACUUAGAUGAUUACUACCCAUAAUUUUUAACAAAUUAUGAUGAUGCGUAUUUAUAUAGCCCAUUAUUAAAAUCCUGACUAAUUCAAACAACUCCUUAAGGUAGGUCAGUAUUAUUGUCCACAUAUUGCAGUUGGGGUGAUAUAGGGGUGAGGUUUACCGACAGUGACUUUCCAUUCUGCCAAUCUCAGGUCAAUAUGUGUCAAACUAUCAUUUGGAUAUAUAAUCUGAAGAUUUUGUAGACUAAAACAAAGAAAGGAAAGUAGAUACCUGAAAACAUGCCAACGUUUCUGAACAAGUAUAGAGAAAUAAAAGAAGUUUGCUGCAUUGGGAAUAAAGAAGGAGACAUAUGCAUGAAAAAUUAUGGCUGGGAAGUGUGGGAAAAGAUCAGAACAUUGUGGGGGAAUGGCAAUUGAUUUUGGCAGGUAUAUAAAUCUAGGGAUGGGGUCUGAGCACUCACAAUCAGUGCAAAGGUAGUGAGAGAAAGGACAGCUGUGAAUUGAACCAAAGACAAAUUUCCCCAGGGAACACUGACUGGGUGAUAGGCAGCAAACCAAAGUGAAGAAGGGAAAAGUAUACCAUCAGACAGAAUUUAUUUUUUGUUAUUUGUGAAUUUUAAAGAGCACCAUCCUGUACAUACCUAUUCAGAAGUAUGCCUUUUUGGGUUCAAAGCAACUUGCUCCUAUGUAAUUGUGUAUAUAUAUAUAUAUAUAGUCUUGCAUCCUAAGAAUGCUUGCUAAGUGUUUUUAACAGUUACUAUCUACAAGAUAUUAUAGGAAAUUAUUUUGUCUGUUGGCAUCUGGGCACCUCUUAAGGUUGUAACCAACUUUUGCAUUAUGGUUCCUGAGAUCAAGAAGCAGGUUUUCACCUUUCCUUGAAUGCAAUUGGACACCAUUUUGAAUCAAGAUGGUGGAAUGGACUUUUCAUAACAGAACUAAUCUUUUGUUUUCUUAGAAUUCCUGAGCAAUCCCAGUGUAGUGUAGUGGUUAAGAGCGGUAGUCUCGUAAUCUGGUGAACCGGGUUCACUUCUCCGCUCCUCCACGUGCAGCUGCUGGGUGACCUUGGGCCAGUCACACUUCUCUGAAGUCUCUCAGCCCGACUCACCUCAGAGUGUUUGUUGUGGGGGAGGAAGGGAAAGGAGAAUGUUAGCCGCUUUGAGACUCCUGAAGAGGAGUGAAAGGCGGGAUAUCAAAUCCAAACUCUUCUUCUUCUCUUCUUCAAUGCCAGGUAUAAGGCUGUUAGUUUUUACACAAUAAAAAUAACAGAAUCACAAAACAGCAAGCAGUGGAACAGACAAAAAUUCUAGGUUUAAAUUGACUAAAACUAGUAUAUCCAAAAUAUCCAAUAGAACAAAAAAGGUCAACACCUAGCGCCAAACUGACAACAAACUUGAUGACUACCAGGAGAGCCUCCUAACUUCAUAUAACAUGUGUCCAACACAUGUCUUAUAAAUGACUAAUGGUGCUCAAAUACAAAGUGAAUAUAUUAUAUGCAUGUCAGCUACAGAAUGUUCACUAACGCAGAGGCAGAGUGUGUCUCACUGGCACCUGUGUGUGUGUGUGUGUGUGUGUGUGUGUGUGAAAGAGAGAGAGGGGCAAGGAGAGGGGCAGAGGACAAACAGUACCCACUGUGCCUGCCCUGCCCCGCUGCCUCCUGCUGCCCUCUGCGGAUCUGGGGAGGGUGGCAUGAGAAGAGUGCAACAGGCACGCACCUCUUGACCCCAGCCUCGCCAGCAGAGGUAAGGUUGGGACUGAAGGGCGCACGACUGCCACAUCCCCAUGCCAGCAUCCCCGGGCAGUCUUGGAAGGCUGGGAUCUGGGGAACAUGGUGCGAGGAGGAUGCAACAGCCACCCCCUCCCCCAGCCAUUUAAGAUGCAGUCUAAGGGCUGUUGCAUAUGCAAGCCUUUAGGUCAAAUGUUAAGAAACAAUAAUAAACAAUAGCAAAAAGCUAUAGAUGCUAGCUGAGCACUGCCACAUGGGUAAUAUACUUUAAAGUACACAAAAAUGUUGUCUUUUUUUCACCUGUCUCAUGACUUCCUAGCAAGUUACAGUAGAUUGCAGUCUUAAUGAGACCAACUCCCAAAUUCUGAUUUUAAGCGCUCAUUAUAGCUUCUGCUUGACCCCGUCAAUUUACCACCAAAUGUUAAAACACUGCAUCUGUUUCUGAAUCAAUAGACUGGGGUUUGUUUUUUGGUUAACUUCUAAUUCAGGUUCAACUGACUUUCAAUAAUUAUUUAGAUUCUAUUCCAGUUUGAAGGGGAAAUGUGGUUGGCUCAGUCUGGUUUUCAAUUCAUGGCUAGUUUAACAUCUUGCUUUAGUUUUUCCUUCUGGAUAUACUUGUGGGAUGUAAAAGUGCAGUCAAGUACAACAUUCCUACAGUGGACAUGUUAGGGGAUGUUUUGUACCACUCAGGAGAAGACUUCUGAGCUGGGACAGACUUCCACUACAUGGAGGAGCACACAGCCUCCAUGUUCGGAUCAGUGUGUCUUCUCCAUUUUGGAUGUUGCUGUGUGUUUGGAGAAGUGACUGCUUAGUCGCAGUCACUUGGGACUCACUUUUUCGUGGAAUAGUUCUAGUUGUUAUGUAACCUAAGCCUGCCUUCAGGGAUAUGUCUGUGAACCCGAAUGAAUCUGUGAGUAAACUACUGUACUUUUAUAUUAACAUGAAUCAGAUUCUUGUGUUUAUUCUUUUUUAAGAGGGAUCAGAAGGGAUUUUACCAGGAAGGAAUCUUUAAUAGUAAGACUCAGAUGAUCCAGCAACAAGCUGAUCGCUGCGUAAUUUAAAAAGGGGGAUGUUUGGAACUCUGCUAGAAUAUGGAACUUGCUAGCGCAAGUUAGGAAGGAUAUUAUUAAAUAAUAUAUCCUCUCCUGCCUCCCUAAUCAUCCCCACAAUACUGGGCAGACCAGAGACCCUGGAGAAUUGCAGUCCAUUAAGAAGUGCUUUUGCAUAUGUAAUUUUGACAGGUUUGGGACAUUUCCAAUUAGUGUAUUCCUUCUGCUGCUACAAAGCAAUAUCUGGUCCGGAUAACUAGUUGGUGAAGUAUUGUCUAAAAGUCUAGCUAGUGUUUGAUGGCUCUUUUUCUUCUUUCAGCUAAGGCCCAUUCCUUCUCUACUACACAGAGCACUGCACCACAACAAACGUUCAGCACGAUGCUGGUUCCUAAAGAAUGAACUGAAGCAGGAUCCUGGACUGGUAAGUUACUGGUUUAAUUUGUUGUGAUGAAUUAUUUCUGUAACAGCACUGCCAAACAUGGUGACGCUAAGGAGGCAAAGAGCUUUUUUGAUCCUUUUAUGGGAAACAAAACCCAGUGUUUUACAAAAGCCUGUAGUUUGGAGUGUUAGGAAGCUGAAUGUUUUUGAGUGUUGAAAAAGACUUCAUUAUAUAUGUCAGUCAUUAAUGCAUUUUUGUUAUUCCUCUCCUCUAUCCAGUUAAAUAAGUGGAUAUUUUCUGCUGGAUUGGAACUGAUCUCUAGGAGCAUUGUUCAUAAAACAGGCUAUGGGUACCAGGCUAUGGGUAUGUUUACCGUAAAUUGGUUCUCCCUUCAGAGAUUCCUGGGAAUAGGAGGGUUGUUUUCAGAAGUGGAGGGGCUAGGGAUAGCUAAAAGCCAAAUUUAAAUCCCCAGUCUUCUGUAGGGGAAGCCAUGAGAGUUAAACGGGUAUGUCUAAUGAAGGCAUUGUAAAUAUAUGUAACAAAUGUGCCAGGUGAGGCUCCCUGGGGAGAGCUUUCCAUAAGUGGGGAGCCACCGCAGAAAAGGCUGAUUCUUGUGUUGCCACCCUCUGGACCUCUCAUGGAGGAGGCACACAAGGGCUUUAGAUGAUGCUCUCAUUGGUUCAUCCAGGUAGAAGCAGUGAGACAGUCCUUGAGGUAUUGCAGGUCUGAGCCACAACUGAACUUGGUGAGAAAAACAAGAGUGGAGGGGAAACAGGCAGAGCUGGCAUGAGUGAGAGGCAAAAAGCUUUUAUUUCCUUUUUGGGAAAGAAUUGGGGGAAAUGUUUUUUUGAAAGAAGAAGGAUUUGUGUUAUGGGACAGAAAUUUGUCGGGAGGGAGCUCAGAGGUGAAAAAGAAAAACUUUUUUUGAAUACAAGUGGGACAGAGGAAUAGGAGUAGGGUUUGCGUCAGAGCAUGAUAAGAUCCCUGAUGCACCGCAACCAAGGCCCACCUAGUCCAACAUCCUAUUUCAAAUGGCUUCCAGCCACAUGCCUAUGGAAGAUGUGCGUGUGGAAGAUAAGCAUGACGAUGUGAAGAUUACGACUCUCCUCUUGUCUGUCAUUUAUUGAACAUGAUUUUCAUUUACCUAUCAUAGCUGUCAGAUGGGGCAUCCAUAAGCGGAACUGGGACACAGUAGGGAGGAGGAUCUUUGGGAAGCAGCGUAACAAAGUCUGGGGAAAUUUGUAGUGCUGCCACUGCCCCACUUUUGGAGGCAUCAGCUGCUGCUGUUUGUCACACACUAUGCACAACUCCUUAUCCAAGGAGCUCAGAGCAGCAGCUUCUUCUUGUUAGAUAGCCCAAUUUGGCCAGAACUGCUUAGUUUCAGCAACAGCAUAGUUUUCCAUAGUUGAACCUGAAGGUUAUUUUGUAGAUAAAAUGCUGUGAAAGACAAGCAGUACAUUUUUCUUGUAGCUCAUUCUAGUAAAAGCUGCAGAAACAUUAAUCAAAGUGCAUGUCUUACCCGGCAAUGCUCAUGGAAUGUAGUAGCCCAGUGUUGAAAUACUGAGUGAAAUAUGAGCAGUUCACAGAAGGCUGUUCUUGAAGGCUGGCUGCUUAAUGCAUGUGUAGUCCACCUUUUCACCCUCCAGAGCUGUCUCCGCUGCUGCUGCUGCUGCUGCUGCUGCUGCUGCUGCACCCAUUCUCUCUCCAUCCAUUGACUGCCCUGCGCUGCCAUCCAUCUCGCCUCUGCGGUUUCCAUGUGCUGAUCUGCCCCUUACCUGACACCCACCAUGGCUCUUCUGGAGCCCUUCAGUUAGAUCCCUCCCGCCCUCUCUUCUUAUCCGCCCAGUGCUGUGAGCUGCCAUGCCCUGCUGGAUCAGCCCUGUCUAGUCCAGCACCCUGUUCUCACAGUGGUUAACCAGAUGCCUGUGAGAAAUCUGCAGACAGGAUUUGAGCACAAGCGCACUCUCCCAUUCUGUGGGUUCCAGUCAGCACCAACCCUCAUAUGAGGAAAGGUGAGGUGACUGCCUCAGGCGGCAGGAUCCACAGGGACAGCAGAUCCUGAUUCCAAGUAAUGCAUUGCCCACUGCUGCUGCCCAGUGGCGCCAAUGACUGCACGCUUCUUGGAAGACGGAUCUGCCUCCUCCUCAGCAGCCCCCCCCCCAUUUACAGUGGCCUCUUGGCAAAGAGGAGGUGCUGCUGGUCUCCCCCACCCUGUUCCUGUUAUAGAUCUUUAUCCCCCUCCCCCGGAUCUUGAUGUAGAUCUUCACUCACCCCUUCUUGGCUGGAGGGGGGCAUUUUGUGGUUUGCCUCAGGUGCCAAAAUGUAUUGGGCCAGCCCUGUUUCCAGCAACUGGUUUUCAGAUGUGGUUCCACCAGCAUAUGAGUUUUCUGCUGGCAAAUCCCCUCUCUGCUGGCGUGUGUGUGUGUGAUCCACCUCUCCUAACCCCUCUAGCUGGCAGAUUUGGUAGUUUGGAUUGCUCUUCAAUAAGUUGAUUUUUCUUUUCAAAAUUGCAAUGAAUUAUGUGUAUGUCCAACUUACUUUUUUGUGUUUUGUAGUCAUCUUGAUAUCUUAGUACAUCCAUCAAAGCUGACAAAUAAUACAUCGGACUAGUGUGAAAAAAAUCCUAUAUUUAAAUGUUUUAUUAAUAAUCUUAUUACUCUUGGGUAAUAGAGUUUAACAGGGUUUUUGUAUUCCACUGUAUGCGUUGCCAGAAAUUUGUGUCAGCUUCUGCCAUUUGUCUUCAUCCAGUGCACUGAAUGCUUAGCAGGACUUUACUAGUCUGAAAAGACAAUUUGUAACCUGAUAUAAGCAGCCCAGGCAUUUGUUCAUGUAACAGUUUUGAUGAAUGCAUCCUGUGUUUCUUUAGUAAGGAAAAUAUGACACCUUAUAAAAUACUUCUUCUACAAAACUCUGCAGAGUGAGACUGAAUGAAACCAAAUUACCAAACACAUAUGUUGUAUCAUUUGUGGCCUACCUCCAGAGAUGGAGCCUAAUGAAAGACAGUGGAUUCCUGAACACACGGGAGAGAUUUUCCAGAGGAUCAGGCAGGUGAUCCUGUUGUGACUCUACUCUCGCUGUGGAAUAGCAGGCUGCAAAGACCAUUAGCACCGUUGCCCCAGUCCUGAGUACCCUCUCUGGUGCUGUGGAGCCUGUUUUGCCUCCUGGUGCUUCAGGGGCCAGCAGACAAUGGAACAGGCUGAGCAAUGGCUGGAACACUAAAUGUGUGCUAGAGUGCAUAAUGAUGCUUGCUGUGUGGUGUUGCAGGCAGUGGAAGAAAGCCUCCAGUGCAUCCUCAGGUGGUCCUGCGGCAGAACGUAUUUUGGGUGGUGUGGGUAUAGUUAACACCUGCUACAGUGGAGGGAGCCCUGCAAUCCCUCAGAAAUCCCCUGUGACCUUUUUGCCCAAAACCUUUGAGGAUAAUGUCCCUUGACUUAGCACAGUUUUCACAACAAACCCAAAUGAAGCAUCCAUCACUGCCCAACUCUGGGGUCAUUUUCAGUUGAUGCUGCCUGGCGAUGCAGAAGUGUUGCAUCACAGCUGUUUUUGUAAAUCCAGUUGCUGCAGUGACAGGAGUGGGGGUGGAGGUGCAGGGACUAAGGAUGGGACCCAAAGCUGCCAUGGGCUGGAAGUUCCACAACUCCACCUUCGGAUAAUGCUCACGCCGGGUUCCAAAGUACACCAGUAUAGAGAACUUUAUGCAUAUUGCAAAUCAGACAGCUGUAUUUUUAAUUUAUUUUUUUAAAAAAUGCUACUAAAAGGACUGGUUAACCUGUUUGGAGAAGAACAGGAAGGAUGAAAAGCACGAAGAACUUCAAGAACUUUUCUCUUCCUUAAUUGGAAUCAUGCCAGUUAACAUUUGGGUGCAACCAAAGUGAAGCUAUUUAUAGUAGGAGUUUAGAGAAUGAUUCAAAAGAAAUUAGUCUGACUUAGAAAAGUUUUUUCUAAAAUUACUUUUAUUGUUACAAGAAUAAAUAAAUGUAAUUGUUUCUUAGCAGUAUCUACACUACAAAUGUUAUAGUGGUUUUAUUUAUCCAUUUAAUUAUCAUGAUUUCCCUCCUAGUAUUUUGAUAAAUGCAACUGAAAUGAAGGUGCAGAUGAUUGUGUUAGGGUCCCAAAACCUACCUGCAAAGAAUCAAAGUUCCCAGAAGGGGACUGUAAAUUUGACAUCAGUCAACUACACCACAGUUAAACAAUUACCGUUGCAAGCCCAAACAUGUCUACUCAGAAGUAAGUCCUAUUGAAUUCAGUGGUAUUUACUCCCAGGUAAAUUGGGUUAAGAUUGCAGCCUAGGUGUUUCACAAGUUAACUGGGAUGACCUUCAAUUAUUCUCUGUUUAAUUUUCCCCAUCCCAUCAUACAAAACAGAUGAUUGGUCAGGGCUUGGUAAUUGUUCAUGUUUCUGGUGAAUGUGGAAUGCCUGCUCCAGGAAUGAAGGAACUGGUGAACUCUGUCCUCACUGUGUGUGUAAAGAAAUUAAAAUUCUCAGAUGUGAGGAAAUAUGCUCUUUGAACUCUUAAUUGCCACUCAACAUAUACAGAUAUACUUUUAAAUAUUUCCCACCAAAAUACUGUAUUUUGUACAUGUAAAUAAAAAUGUUUUGAUACUGUUUUUCUUCUACAUAAUUAAUAAAAAACCUUUUUACAAACACUAAUACACACAAACACAUUAUAGUAUUAAGCAAAAUUAAAUAUGCAACAUAUAUAUGCCUUUUAGAAAGUAAGGGCAAAACAAAUGCCAGUUGUGAAUUUCAACUUCUUGUUAAUUUUGGGAACUUGCUUGCUUUGUGUAGUUAUUAAGAAGUAGUUGGCCUCCUUCAUCUCCACAUGGACAAUUGUGGCGCAUUGUAUUUUCUUAAGAACAUGGGUGGGGGGACGUCUUUAAAAAAGUGGUAUACUUUUCUUUUUCCUGACCCUAACAAUUAAACAUUAGAGCAAUAUACAUUACUUCAGACUUUAAAGGUCACAACUAAUUUAAGAAGUCUGAAAGUAAUGCUCAGGCACUGCCUAGAGUGGUGUUGCUCUGCUCAACAGAGGCCGUGGGUAUAUAGUGUUUCAUAAUAUAAAGCACCUUUUUCUUUUUUGCCAUGCAUGAGCAGUUGAAACUCCACAUUGUUUUUCUGCACAGUUGUUGCUGCCCUUCAGAGCUGUAUCAGGGCAAACAUUAAAACAAUGCUACUUGAUACUAGAACAGUGGCGAUGGCAGGGUGUUUAUAUAUAUAGAUGUAACAUGAAUUAUAGUUGUUGUUGAAAGCGUUCUGAAGAACAAUUGCAGGUGCUAGUUGUCCUUGAACCAAAAAUAGCUACUACAUAGAGAACUGGAUGCUUGUUUGAUGGUUCAGGGAAUAUUUUUAUAAUGACAUCUUCAGCUCGUGGCAACUGUAUGGUCUUGCUGUAUUCAUAAUACUUCCAUCUGUUCACAUAAUCCUUUGUGCCCAUUGAGUGUUCCAACUCUUCCCUUGCCCUGAGUAAAGAAAAGCAGAGUUGCCCACUGAUUCACUAUUUUUCUUUGGCCUUUCCUACUCUUCCUCUCAUCGGCUGCAAGCAACAACAUUGGGGCUCUCCUGUCAUUAAUGCUUACAGUGGUUGUUCAAACUGAGAGGUGCCAUGAGCACUCAAGGACUUUCUGUACUUAGAAGAACCCAAGCUGGAUAAGACUGUUAAAUUUGGAUGUGGGGUAUUUCCUCCCAAUCCAAGCAAUAGCUUCAAAAGUGGGAUUCUUCCUGAGAACUGGGAGCAGGCGAGGAAAGGGCUAAAUCCCCCUUCAUAUCUGCUGUGAUUCUUGCAGCUAUAAGCUCCCCUCCACACAGAGGCUGUUCUGUUAAGUAAAAAAACCCCAACACAUUAAAUGUUUGGUUUGGCUCCUUUGUAAACCAGACCCUUGUUGCAAAUCUGUCUGACCUUUGUGGUGAAAUUGCCGCUGAAGCUUUUCUGCGUCCAACACGGAUCUUUAAAUUUCAGUUUCACCUAAAUAUCAUGGCUAAUUGCCACCAAACAUAUAUUUAUCUGUGCUUUAAAAACAACAAACAAACAAACAGCAAAACAACUUACCGGUAUGACAGUAAAUUCUAAAAUGCCAAUUAUUCCUUAUGUCAGUUCUGAAUCUUCUGCCUAUCAGUUGUAAUUGGUGGCCACUAGUUCCAUAGUUCUGAGAGGGGAUGAAACAUCACUCUUUCUCCAUGCAAUUUGUCAUUUUAUAAACAUCUUAUCCUUCCCCUUCUUUGUUUCCCUUCCCUAUAUGUAUGUGUGCUUUCCUGUCCUCCUGUUCCAGCCACUCUGUUCUUUUCCCCACUCCCCCUCAGUUGUGUCUCAAUACUCCAUGCCACUGAGCUUUUUAUAGUUCUGUUUUGGGGUCCCCUCUCCACCCCCCCCCACAGAUUUUGUGUGUGUGUGUGUGUGUGUGUGUGUGUGUGUGUUCCUUAAGUUUACUGCGAGUCUGCUGGUACUUCUCUCUUGUGUGUUGGUGGUAUGGUUUAAACUUUGUAAACAUUGCCGUGGAAAACCUCAGAUCCGUAUUAGUAUAUAGAUAAGAAGUUGGUGGGCUGUGAGAAAUUGCAUGGGGAGGGGGCAGGACAAACAGCUGGGAAAAUCCCCUCCUUGUUUCAAGUGCAACAGCAUGAGAUUACUGAGCUCAGGGACGUCCUCCUCAUCUAGUCCUCAUCUCGCUAUAAUAACAGAAAUGCUAUAUAUUGUUGACUGCUGAGGUCUGGGAAAUGGAUACAGAAAUACUGUAUUCUUAAGCUCCCUUUCCCAGGAGCUUCCAUUAUAACAAUGAUGGAGCAAUUCACUAGGUGCGGGGGAGGCCACCAGCAUGGAUGGCCAGAGGAACAGAUUUAUUCAUGGAGGAUAACUCUCUCCACAGCUCUUAGAAACAUGAUAGCUAAGUUGCACAAAUGCAGUAUAACUCUUGAGCUCUGGAUGCUAAUGGCAAACAGUACAGGACUGUUGCCUUCCUGCUCUGCUUGUCAGAGGCACCUGGCUGCCUGACAAUGGAAGCCACGCUGAGCUGGAUGGACAUUUUGGUCUGAUUCCAGCAAGACAGUGUUUCAAGUCCGCUUGGCUGCUCAUCUUUGGCACAGCAUUCCCACCCUCAGGGAGCUUGUGAGGCUGCUGCAGCCUCUGGAGGCUUGCUCAUAAGCCGCUGUCCAUUCAGCACUCUGUUCUUUGCCUUCUGAAGAGAUUCUGGCUGUGUACAGACAAUGUGUUUUCAGAAGCCGCAUUGUACAGUUGUCAUCGCUUACACUACACAUGUGGUUUUUGUGUCCUGCUAAGCCUGUGUUUCUGUUGUGUUUCAAGCUGUAGUGUAGCUACUGCAGUAAUGUUUGGAUAGGUGUCUGUUGGGUAGGGCUCAUGAGGAGCAGAACGCUCUCCCUGCAUAUAGUUACAUGGGUUUGCAUUAUUUAAUCACUUUGAAAGGAUGGGUGCAUAUCUAAGAGAGAGGGCUGGUGGUAGCUCUGGUCCCUGUCCACUUCCCCUCCCCUUCUUUAUUGGAAACUGGACCUGGUCUGUCUUGCCUUGCCUUGCCUUGCUUUGCUUGACCCUCCUUUGUUGCCCUUGACUCUCUUUGUGGGAACCUGAGCUCUUGCUAUGAAUGUCCUAUUUGGACAAAGACACUCAUUCUUCUGGAGCCAUCACCUGGAGCAAAAUAACCUUGUGUGGCCAUCCAGAGCAGUUGUAAGGCAUCCAAAAACUUCCUGACACUGCCACAUUCCCACUGAUAUUCUAGCAGGAAAUAUGGCAGGGUCAGGUGGUUCCAGCAUGCCGUGCACCUGUACUGUGCUGUUGUAUGAGGUCUUUCUUCAAAGUCCAAAAAGAGAAGGGGGGGGGAGAACCUCAGCAAGGUAAGCCAAACUCUUCCUCCACCAAAAAGUUCAGUGAAAUUCACCCACUGCCUCCUGAAAGAAGCAGAAAUCCCAUUCAGUUUUGUGAGGAAAGAAUUCAGCCUUACUUUAAAUGCAACUACUUUCUGGAAACAUCCCUGCAGGUUGGAACAGAACACCCUGGAGUACUCCUCCUUGAGCUACUCCAGAAGGAUACCAUGGUCAAUGGUAUCAAAAGCCACAAUGGUAUCAAGAGCCCAAGAAGAGCAAGUAAGGUCACACUCACCCAUGUCAUCAACAUGGGUGACCAAGGCAGUUUCAAUGCCACAACCGCACCCUGAAAGCAGGACUGUCAUGAAUCCAUAUAUUGUAUCCUCCAAAUGUUCCUGAAGCUGGAAUAAUAAUAAUAAUAAUAAUAAUAAUAAUAAUAAUAAUAAUUUAUUUGUACCCCGCCCAUCUGGCUGGGCUUCCCCAGUCACUCUGGGCGGCUUCCAAAAAAAAUAUUAAAAUACUCUAAUACAUCAAACAUUAAAAGCUUCCCUGAACAGGGCUGCCUUCAGAUGUCUUCUAAAAGUCUGGUAGUUGUUCUCUUUGACAUCUGGUGGGAGGGCGUUCCACAGGGAGGGCGCCACUACCGAGAAGGCCCUCUGCCUGGUUCCCUGUAACUUGGCUUCCCUGUAACUUAGCUUCUCGCAGUGAGGGAACCGCCAGAAGGCCCUCGGAGCUGGACCUCAGUGUCCGGGUAGAACAAUGGGGGUGGAGACACUCCUUCAGGUAUACAGGACCGAGGCCGUUUAGGGCUUUAAAGGUCAGCACCAAUACUUUGAAUUGUGCUUGGAAACGUACUGGGAGCCAAUGUAGGUCUUUUAAGACCGGUGUUAUGUGGUCUCGGCAGCCGCUCCCAGUCACCAGUCUAGCUGCCGCAUUCUGGAUUAGUUGUAGUUUCCGGAUCACCUUCAAAGGUAGCCCCACGUAGAGCACAUUGCAGUAGUCCAAGCAGGAGAUAACCAGAGCAUGCACCACUCUGGUAAGGCAGUCCGCAGGCAGAUAGGAUCUCAGCCUGCGUACCAGAUGGAGCUGGUAAACAGCUGCCCUGGACACAGAUUUGACCUGUGCCUCCAUGGACAGCUGUGAGUCCAAAAUGACUCCCAGGCUGUGCACCUGGUCCUUCAGGGGCACAGUUACCCCAUUCAGGACUAGGGAAUCCUCCACACCUGCCCGCCUCCUGUCACCCAAGAACAGUACUUCUGUCUUGUCAGGAUUCAACCUCAAUCUGUUAGCCGCCAUCCAACCUCCAACCUCCUCCAGGCACUAACACAGGACCUUCACCGCCUUCACUGGUUCUGAUUUGAAAGAGAGGUAGAGCUGGGUAUCAUCCGCAUACUGAUGAACACCCAGCCCAAACCCCCUGAUGAUCUCUCCCAGAGGCUGCAUAUAGAUGUUGAAAAGCAUGGGGGAGAGGACAGAACCCUGAGGCACCCCACAAGUGAGAGCCCAGGGGUCUGAACACUCAUCCUCCACCACCACUUUCUGAACACGGCCCAGGAGAAAGGAGCGGAACCACUGUAUGACAGUGCCCCCAGCUCCCAGCCCCUCAAGACGGUACAGAAGGAUGUUAUGGUCGAUGGUAUCAAACGCCGCUGAGAGAUCCAGCAGAAGUAGGAAACAGCUCUCACCUUUGUCCCUGGCCCGCCGGAGAUCAUCAACCAGUGCGACCAAGGCAGUUUCAGUCCCAUGAUGAGGCCUGAAUCCCGACUGGAAGGGAUCCAAAUGGUCCACUUCUUCCAGGCAUGCCUGGAGUUGUUCAGCAACCACUCGCUCAAUCACCUUGCCCAAGAAUGGAAGAUUUGAGACUGGGCGAUAGUUGGCCAUCGUGGCCGCAUCUAAAGUUGGUUUUUUAAGAAGUGGUUUAAUAACCGCCUAUUUCAGUGGGUCUGGGAAGGCUCCCUCACGGAGGGAAGCAUUCACCACCCCACGAAGCCCAUCGCCCAGUCCUUCCCGGCUAGCUUUUAUAAGCCAGGAUGGGCAAGGAUCAAGGAGAGAGGUGUCUGGUUUCACUCGUCCAAGCAGCCUGUCCACAUCCUCGGGGGUAACAGAUUGGAAUUGAUCCCACACAACUUGACUAGACAGAACUCUAGCACUCUCCCGCCCUGGCCCUGCUCCCACGGUGGAGUCUACCUCUUCUCGAAUCUGAGCGACUUUAUCUGCAAAAAACUUUGCAAAAUCAUUGCAGGAGAUCAUGUGGCCCGUAUUGGGCCCUGAUGGAGCAGGUGGUUCCGCUAAAUUGCGAACCACCUGAAAGAGUCUCCUGCUGCUGUUUUCCGCAGAUGCAAUAGAGGCGGUGAAGAAAGUCUUCUUCGCCGUCGCUAUCGCUACUUGGUAGGCUCGACAUUGAGCUCUAACCCGUGUCCGGUCAGAUUCAGAAUGGGUUAUCCGCCACGGGCGCUCUAGCUGUCUCAACAAUUGUUUUAUUGCCCUCAGAUCCGUGGAAAACCACGGGGCUGUCCGGGCUCCAUGCAGUCGGAGAGGGCGCUUCGGAGCCAAACAGUCAAUAGCCCUGGUUAACUCCACAUUCUUGAAACCCCUGUCUAAAAAGGGAGUGUCUGUCAUAAAACCAUUUUGCCAGCAGGAAGUUUCAAUACUCUGCAAAUUUGACCUGAAAUGAGGCCUCUUUGUUCCUCCUUAAGAUCAUCAUGCAGCCAGUUAAAUUCCAGACACAUAAAAACAUGUUACUUUAGGCCCAAUCAUAGAUCUUAAGAUAAUUAUUUCUUAAACCAUUGUCAGGAGUCAGGGAAGCAGAAAAAGGCAGCAAUGGUAUUUCCCAGGGCAGAGCUGCUUGUUGCAUGGUGCUCUGUGUCUGUUUCCCCCUGAGGGGUUUUCUUUUAUUAUGUGAAGCGAGUUUUCGCAAGGAUGAGGGGACUGUUUAAUUCUUUCUUUCCUAGCAAUGUAUCUGUUUAAAAUAGACCACCCCGGCUCUCUUUCUCUCAAAGGGUUAGAAGGUAUGGGGCCUGGAUCUGUUAUUUCUCUAGGAGAAAAGCGGCUCAUUGUGGUUUUGAACAGCUAGAAAGGAGAGAAAUGAAGGGGUAAUAAUAAUAAUAGCUGUUAUUGUUAUUAUUAUUAUUAUUAUUAUUUUGUAUCCAACCUAUCAAACUUGGUUGCCCAGCCCCUCUGGAUAGCUUCCAACAGAGUACAUAAAAGCAGCAGCAGCAGCAGCAACAACAACAACAGCAGCAACAACAAAACAUCACAGAUUAAAAGCUCACAGAAGCUUUACCUGAUAAAAUUAAGCCCCUGAGGGAAAGAAUCACUAAACUACAUGGAACUUAUAGUUCCCCUCUUAACUUAUCUCACUUGGAUCCCAUCCACUCUAGUAAUAUAUAUGUCUCAUACAGCCCAAUAAGUGACAUUUCAUGUUGAGCUUUUUUUGAACUUGGCAAUAGAUGAAAGUCACUAUAGUUGCAUGCAAACAUUUUUGGCAGGGUCUUUUUGGAUGUGUGUGUGGAGGCGGGAGGACUACCUGUGAUUGCCUUUUGUGGAGUGUUUGAGAGCUGGCCCAACACUUUCUUCCCCUCCCUGCGAUGGGGAGAACGGAAUGACCAAACUGGGAGAACCACACAUUCAGAUGCCUGCAAAACCUAUCCUUUUGGUCAUUAACUUCCCUCCCUAAAGUGACAGGAUUGGGGAGAGGGUGCACCAGCUAUAUCGGGUGAGGAACCUCAGGUCCCCAGGUCCAUCACACCCUCUGGGCACCUCUCUCUGGCUCUCAGAAUUCUUCACCGCCCAUGCCCAGGCCAUGCCACUCUCCUUAGGCCACAGAGCCCUCACAACCCUGCUCUACACCUUCCUCACGUGCCUGGCUGGAGUGUGGUGGAAGAUGGAGAGUUGUGUAUGUAGAAACCUCUGGCUUUUGCAUGGCUGAAACAUGCCACGCUAUACAAGGUGAAAGAGGCAUAUAUUGCUCCACCCACUUCUUGCCUCUGCCCCUGCUCAUCACUAGCAUGCGUUUCUCCACCUCUGAGCAAGAAGGUUGCCCCCUGGUCCAAGACAUGCUCCCCCCGCAGGGAAGAAGAGGGAGUGAUGAUCAAAUCAGGAAUGGGGGGGGCAUGAAGAUCAACCUUAUCCAAUGGUUGAACUGGGAAUCAAAGGCCAUUGUGGGUAGGAAAGGGGCCUGCUCCGAAUCGCAUGAAGUGGCUGCAGAGCCCUGGAGACCCCAGAGGGCAGCCCCCACCAUUUCCUCCCUAGGCAUGGGAGGAGGCCAGCUGCGCCUUCUACUCACUGAGAGGCUGCUGUGGAGGUGGCACUGGGAGGAGCUGCUGAGGGGACAGCAGUUCUGGCCUCCAAGGAGCGUGCCACAGCCGUUGCUGCCACUACAGCAGCAGCAGUGGGUGAUGCAUUCCUUGGGGGCAUUCCUUGCUGCUCCUGUGGUAGCCUCACCUUGCCUCAUGUAUGGGCUGGUCCUGCCAUAGAGGAUUCCCAGGCAGACCUUUUUUCAGGUUCCCUGCUGCAUGCACUCAGACGGUUCCUUUUCAUAAAGGCAGUACAGUGGUACCUCGGGUUAAGAACUUAAUUCGUUUUGGAGGCUAAUGGGCCCUCCUGCUGCCGCCACACAAUUUCUGCUCUCAUCCUGAAGCAAAGUUCUUCACCCGAGGUACUAUUUCUGGGUUUGUAACCUGAAACAUCUGUAACUUGAAGUGUCUGUAACCCGAGGUACCACUGUAUGUGUUGCUUCUGGCACACUAGUGCCAGUUGAGUAAGCAAAGUUAAAAUAUUGCUGGCUGUGAAUGUGAAAUUAUUGGUAGUACUAGGGUGGUAAGAAAAAGCUAAGACUGUUGGACACCUUAUAGUGCAAAAUUAUAUAAUUAUAAACAAUAGACUCCAGCAGUUGAGCUUGACGGCAGGAGACUGUUAUUUUGCAAUCAUAUCUUCAAGGCUCAUUAGCUGUGGAUUUACACACUAAAUAAAAGCUUCUCGGUGGCUAGAAUCUGUAGUGGCAUUUUAUUCAGAUAUUUAUACAGAGAUCCACAACUGUCAAAAUCCAAAUAGCAUUGAUAUGGUGGUUGUAAGUGGGCGUUCAAUAUGCCCCUGAGAGUGCAAUGCAGAACAGUUUAAACUAAUCCUGUAUCUAACUUUGUGUACAGUAUGUAAAGGCAUGUAUAAAAUUAGGUGAACCCUACAUAAAGCAGGCAGCACACAGUUCUGAACUACAGGAUUGUAGAAAAGAGAUUCAAAGGGCAUGGAGCUGUUAUUUUAGCUUUCUUCUGUAAAUGCCAUUAAAAUGCUUGCCGAAUGCAAUGUUUCUUUUCCACCCUUGCUCUAGGAUUCUUGGUUGUAGAGGUAUCAGUUCAGAAUUUAGCAUAUACGUGCAUCUGAUGUUAUGCAUCAUAGCACCACUGUAUAAAUAUAGGUAGGUUUUCAGUUGCCCAAUGCUAAUCAAUUUAGUACAAACGCUGGGCUCAUCUUAUCCCCUUGCAUAUGUGCACAGUGAGUGGGGGGACAUUGCCUUUACUGGAGGGCCUUCUGCCUCACCAUUACCUCGGGGGGAGGCCUACCCACCUCUUUCAUGCAAGGAUCAUGGGCCCCAGCAGGCAAGCUAUUCAUCCUUGGUAAUGCUCUAGUAGGGACCCCCAACUUUUGGGGGCUCAUGGGCCACAUUUGUCAUUUCAAGGAAGUGCCAUGGGCACUGUGAGCUUCUGCUGUUUUUGUACAUAAUAUUGUAUGCACAUGCAUUAUUAGAGUAAUUAAGGUGAAUGUAUAGGUCAGUAUAUUGGAGGACUUAAGGUAAAUGUUAGGUGGGAAGGGUGAGAGAGUUUGGAAUAUUAGUAGUGAGUGGUGAUUGGAUGGGAGUCUUCAAAGGUAAUCUUAGUGACUGAGGUGAGAUAGUUUGGAGUCAGUUCAGUUGAGGAUGGAGUUGGAGUUUGGGUAGUGGGUGGUAGAUGGCAUGAGAACUGGUGGUGGAUGUGAAGCAGGCUUAGUUUAUUGGAAUAGGAUCAGUACUGUAGUAGCCAUUGUUGUAUAUGUCAUAAAGUAACAAAUGAGAUAAAGAAAAACUUAAAACAUACACUUACGCGCACCAGGUAAUCAUAAAACACUUGCUGUGUGAUUCCUCUUGGAAUCAAGUAACUUGCUUGGAGAGAAGUGGACCAAGCUUAGCUAAGUGGAAAGUAUCAACCAAGUGAGGAUAAUGUGAAAAGACAGACAAAAAGGAGCUAAAGCAUGAAUAGAUCUUUUUAAAGAAAUAAAAAUAAAAUAGAUGUAAAAAUUUGAUGUGCAUAAAAUGUUAUGUAGAGGUUUGCAUUUGCAGAGAACUGUGGCAAGUGGAGAAGGUGCCUGGGCAGCUAAAGCUGCAAAAAGAAGUGUGGAGUCUUUGUUUUAAAGUUAGGGAGCCUGAGAUUCUCACUCCUAGAAACUACCAUCAUAUUGAACCUGUAGCUUGCUUAUCUGAGUAUCUGAAUCUGUCUCUGGAACCAGAGAGAGAAUAGUGUUGAUUCAAGGAAAAAAUAACAAUAUAAAAAGGAGAAUUCCUGAAUGCCACUUCUGAGCAAUCACAAGCUUCCUGGGUCUCAUGUACACAAGACCCUCCAAAUGUCCCUAUUUUCCAGGGACAGUCCCAGAUUUACAGAAGCCGUCCUGAUUUCUGAUCUGAUCCCAGAAUGUCCCACUUUUCCUCAGGACGUCCCUAUUUUCAUCAGAGAAAUGUUGGAGGGUAGGGAGUUAUUUGACCCUGCAGUCAAGGAUAUAAGUAACCUUUAGAAUACAUUUGAUUUUUUUAAAGAAAAUAAUAUUUAUUAGUAGUUUCAGAAUUAUAGAAAAUAAAAAAUAAAUAAAUAAAUAAAUAAAUAAAAAACAACACAAUAAUACAUAAAAAAGAGAAAAAAGAAAACAUAAAAACCAGUACAACAGUACAGCAAAAAGAAAAAAGGAAGACAGAAAAAACCCCCACAAAUCCCAAAUUACAUAUCUAUAACUUCCAUUUGCUUGUUUCAUUGACCUCCUCACACCUCCCUUCUUGCAUUCCAGUUCAACUAGUUAUUUCAGCAAAUUCUUUCCAUCUUUCUCAAUUUUUGUUACAAAAUUUAUCUUAACAAUUUAACCUAAUAAUUAGCUCAACAAAUCCUUUCCAUCUUUCCCCAUAUUCUGUUAUUCAAAUUACCUUAGUUUAUUUAACCUUAUCUUACCCUAAAAUACCUUAAAGCUUAAAUCUUAGUUUUCAAAUAUACAUAACUCCUGAUAUCAUUUCUGCUAGAGUCAUAUAGUUUCAUUCCAACAUUUUCCUAAUAUUCAUUAAUUUUAAACUAAUUCCCCAAAUAGAAAGUUUUUAUUUAUAAUUUUUUCCAAUCUUCAUCCAACGUCUCUUCUUCCUGGUCUCGGAUCGUGUCAGUCCUUACUGUCUAUUCCAUCUAGUCCAUCAACCUGGAAGCCUUAUGUCCGAGGCCCUUAAGUCUCUUCCAUGUCCCUUUUGCAGUUCUUCUUCUUGUUGUUUAUACUUGCCCUUUUCCUUGUCUUUUGUUGGUCUCUUUCUUAAUUUCUUUCCUUUCUCAUUGAGGAGUAGGUUUCUGGGGAAUUCCAACCCAAAACUAUCUCCAUCUCUCUUCAUCAAACCCGCCCAUUCCCCACAGACCCACUCCCCACAGUCAUUGCUAUAGUCUAAAAAGUAUUUAAAAGCAUAUUUCCAGGUCUCUCCAAAGUUAAGAACCUCCUCAGCUCCAAACUCCCCCUGGCCCACUCCAACUUCAAUCUUCAGUGACAGCGGCUUAUGCUCCUGUAGGGCCUCGGGUCUCUCCAUUUGUAUUAUUUGAGGUGCAACCGCAUCCUCCUCCAUUAUCUUCUGCACUUGCCCAGACAGUACAGGUUCAUGAGUUGGUUCCUGAAUAAUUUCUGUAUCAAUGUUCCCUGUUUGUCCACAGUUAUUAACCACAACAGUAAUCAAAUCCAUUUUCUCAUUCAUCAAAUCCAUCUUCUCAUGCAUCUGUUCCAGCAAGGCACUUGUCUUGCAUAGAGCAAGCACCCAAUCUUCCUCCCAGCUCAUCUUUAGUCAAGGUCAGAAGAGACUGGUCCCACGAUCUUAAUCUCACAGCUGUUGAGUCCUCAAGUAUACUGCAGCAGCAAUUUAACCAGCUCCCUCUAGAGGAGACAAUUUCUAUUUGUAUCCAUUUUUUUUUUUAAGGCAAGUUCAACAAAGGAAAAUUACUUUCAUUUUUCAGAUAUUUUUCAGAUAUUUUGUUUCUUUAGAAUGCAAAAGGCAACAUUGGAAUCAGUUUGUUUCUCUUCUUUAGCUAUCUGUCAAAGUGUUCCAUUCACAGUCGAUGAACCUCUCCAACAAUUUCUGUCUCUGACACCCCGUUCCCAGGUUAGAGACAGUGGAAACUUAUCCUUCUUCACUCCCUCUCCUGCUAGGGUUGAACAAAGUCCCCCCCCCUUUUCUCCUGCUUCCAAGGGGGUUUCAGUAAUUCUGAAUGAAGGAAAUUUAGACUUUUUUAACAGCUUUCCAGGCUUUAGCUUACAAAGUUUUUGCUUCAGUCUAUAUACAAAAAGCGGAAGGCGGACUUCCUGUUUUGAACCUUCCCGCUUCAAUGCCAAAUUGAGAUAUUUCUUAAUCCAAUUUUCCGUUUCUACUCACGGGUACUUGUUUUAAGUCCAAUUGUCCACAGGAAAAAGUCAGCGCUCUCUGGCAAUGGCUGUGUGGCUUCACUCCGUGAAAAUAGCAAUCAGUUCGCAGCACCGCGCCACUCACCCCACUUCGCUCCGGAGCCCCUAAAUGGUGCCCUGCCGAACCCCACGUUCCCAGUCUUCCUCCGCCUGGGAUUUCUAGCGGGUCCCCACCUUCGCCGCAGUGGGAAGACCCAGUUUCCACGGAGCCCGUUCCUCCGGUCGGAGGAACUCCGCCAUUCACCGAUGGCGCUGACCCGGAAGUCGACCUUUAGAAUACAUUUGAAAGCAGCCCUGUACAGGGAAGUUGUUAAUGUUUAAUGUUUUGUUAUGCUUUUAUAUAUGCUGGAAGCCACCCUGCGUGGUUGGGGCAACCCAGUCAGAUUGCCAGCAAAUAAUAAUAAUAAUAAUAAUAAUAAUAAUAAUAUGGAUAGGAUGUCCCUAUUUUCAUCAGAGAAAUGUUGGAGGGAAUAUACACAGCUGUCCACGCCUGACAAGAUGUGUCUGCUUCCAAAUGCUUUUCAAAGGCAGCUCCAUUUGGCAUUACUGUAGCCAAGCUGUAUUGGUUUCAUGCAUAGAUGACAAUUGGGUUCCAGACUUCCUGAAAUUCAAUACAUAUCAUGUACAUAGUCAUUCAACUUUUAAGAGAAAUGCAAUGUUGCUUACUUCAAUGGAACAGGAUAUUUUAAAUAGGCUUUAAAGGACUAGAAAUAUCUCUGACAAUAUAUCUCAGGCCAGCAAUUUUCAACAGUGCUGACUACAGCAUUGUGGGGGGUUCAGGAACAUCUCCAAGGUCUUGAUCAGACAAAACCCUGAAAUAAAAAGAACCAGUGAAAGAAAGAAAGAAAAAAUACAGAAAAAGUUGUGCGGCCUCUAACAUAUUACAGACAAAACCCUUGUGUACUUGAAAUACCCUUAUUUUCACACUUACAGUAGGAUCAUGGCCUGAAGUGGACAUAGGCAUUCACAUGCACAUACACAAUUGCAUGUUGCCGAAGACUCUUGUAUUUAAUAGAUGCAACUUAAAUCCAGUUGCAUGGAUAGUUUUUGCAGGGGGCAAGCUGAAUUGAAGCAUAUAUUAUUGAAGCAUAUAUUAAGAGAACAAAAAACAAAGAAAGAAAGAAUUGGCUUAGCUGCAUCAUCUUGGUCUGGUCACAUGAUUAAAAAGGCAGAGAGUUUUUGUAAAAUACUUGUAUUUCUACUGUCUACCAGUUCAAAAUGAAUUGCACCAGUUCCAGUAUGUUAGGGCAGAAAAUGAGACUGUGCUGGAUAGUUCCAUCCAGUCAACCCCUCUUGGAAUAUGAUAUGGGGAGGGACGAUCCUGGCGGUGUGACUGAAUUCCUGGCUGAGCUAUCGGAAAUUAGUUCCAAAUGAAAUAGGUAGUCUUCACCCGAGGAUACUAACGCUGUUGAAUGGGUUCCCAUUGAUAAGAUGAAUGGAAGCAUUUUUAAAGAUGAAAUUGGGUAUCUGGACAAAGUGGAAGCAACAAGCACAGAGCCUUAAAGGAAUUGGGGCUAAAACUGAUAUCAUGGAACAUAGCAGGUUGGUGUUCAAAGCAGGAUAAUAAACAGCUGAUGAACUUGUUGUUGUUGUUUAGUUGUUUAGUCGUGUCCGAAACAGCACCAAUUACAACCAGAUUCUGGAACCAGAUAUUUACUUAGCCAGAGGUACCUCCCAUUUGUCUAAAGAUCAUAAAUGUAAUUAUUUAGGGCUUUGUUUAGCCCAAGUUGUGAGGCAGAGGGACUUGUUAAUAUUAAAUGGUGCAAUAAAGGGAGAUCGGCCUGGGGAAUAUAUCCACUUUGCAAAGCAUGGAGGCAGUGUGAUAGAUUAUAUUGCAAUCUUGUGAUUUGCAUAUAAGUUUGUCACUGAGUUUGAGUUAAGCAAGGUUGUAUCCUAGUUCCUGCACUGUUUAAUUUAUAUAUAAAUGAUAUUGUCCAGAGUUCAACAUCCCCAGAGUCUCACGCCCCUAAAUUGGCCACAAACGCCACCUCUAUAUUAUUAUACGCAGAUGAUGCGGUACUUCUAUCUCAAACAAAAGUGGGCCUGAAAAGAUUGGUGAGGGCAUUCUCAGGAUACAGUGGUACCUCGGGUUAAGAACUUAAUUUUUUUCUGGAGGUCCAUUCUUAACCUGAAACUGUUCUUAACCUGAUGUACCACUUUAGCUAAUGGGGCCUCUUGCUGCUGCCACACGAUUUCUGUUCUCAUCCUGAAGCAAAGUUCUUAACCCAAGGUACAAUUUCUGGGUUAGCGGAGUCUGUAACCUGAAGCGUCUGUAACCCGAGGUACCACUGCACUGCCAAAGAGAACAGUUGGCUGUGAACUACAAGAAAACUAAAGUCAUGGUGUUUUCAAGAAACUAUAGGGCCCAUAGAUGGUAUAUGGUUAAUCAGUUAAAGUGUUUAAAUACCUCAGCCUUACUUUUCAGUCAACAGGGUCAUGAGGAGCACAUCAGAAAUAUGCAAAGGAAAAAGCCUCUCAAAGCACCAAAAUUCUGACAUGCUUUUUCCAUAUGAAAGGUGGCAGUCACAUAUCAUUAGCACUUGAAGUGUUUACAGCUAAACCCUUAGCACAGUUACUUUAUGGGCCUGAGCCCAUUUGGACAGGCGCUCACCUUGGAUCUACAGACGCUAUUCAGUCUGAGUUCUUAAGGCAAUUUCCCCCCUGUUCCAUCCUGUGUUCCAAAUGCUUCAUUGUGUGUGGAAGCUAAUCUCCCCUCUGUUGCAUUACAGAUUUGGUGUAGGACAUUUAAUUAUUGGCUUUGGCUAAAUUUAAACCCUACCAGUCUACUGGUAUGAUUAUUUUUCACCUAGUCAUUAAGAAACAUUGACACCCUAUUUGCAAAAUUUAACAAUUCCAAAAUACAGACACACUUUAACUUAUGCAAGAUUAAAUACACUGCCUUCAGCUGUACUUGAGGGUUGAUUUCAAAAAAUUCCGCUGGAAAAAUGUCCAUGUGAAGAUGGCAAUAUUGAAUCAAGCUUCUAGCUUGCACACUUUAUAAAGAUGUGAGGAGUGAUGUUCUUACUCCUCUGCUACUAUCCAUAUCGGGUCGCUCAACCAUUGCUACUGUGUCCUUUCUUCUAGCAGAUCAAGAUAAUCAGGUGACAGGGAAAACUGGAAAAAUUUUAGCAGGGGCAGUUAGAAUAAGAUCUAUUAUUUGAUUUUUGAUGUAAACCUCCAGAUGUCUUUUGCAUAGUUAAGUUUUUACCUCUCUUCAGUACAUUUUAUUUUAUUGCUAUGGCUAGUGUCUGAUUAAAAUAAAGAUUCUUCUGAUUCUGAUUCUACCAUUCAGUCACAAAGUAGUGCUAUCGAAUAGCCUAAAAAAUGCCAGUCCCUCAAAAAUCAUUUCAUUUGACGGAGCAAUUAAAAAAGAGGAAAGUGGAGAAUAAGCUGUGAUCAAGUCUUACUUGAAUAUUUUAUCAGAACAGCAGAGUGAGAUUAUUGGUACUCGGCAAACUUUCUACAUAAAGGAAAUCUUUAAACCACCACCCUACAUUCUUAUGUUGUGGCUACUGAAACCAAUCAUUUAAUACCAGUAUGAAAUAAUGCCCAGGGCUGCAACAUUUGUCAAAUGAAUCUUAGCUAUGGAUCAUAGCUACCUGAAUCCCUGUUUUAUAUAGCUGACUCUGAAAAGCAUUGCUAAGAUCUGUAUAAUGCACUGGUUUAUAUGUAUGUAGAAUUAUCUUAGUGGCAUUCCAGCUUUUUCUGAACUCAGCAACUAGAGAUUUAAGAUGCUCAAUUUGGUGUCACAAUGAAUUUUUUCUGCUUGGGAUUGAAAAAUACAGGAGUGAAAAUGGGGCAACAUAAGUGUCACUGAGAGUCAUUUCCCCCUCCUCUUUUAAGAGCUAUGAGGGGCUAUCGUCCAAAGCUGUUUCUUUAAAGGAUUAUAUGCAAUUCAGGUCAAGCAACACAAAGAUAUAUCUGCAAAGGAGUUGCUGCCACAUGUCCCUUUAAGCUUGCUCAAAUCCAUUGGAGGUUACUAGAGUAUCAGUAAUGACCAUUUAGUGAAGUUUAUACAGCCAAGGAGAAAUGCAGCUGAAGUGCUGAUGCUACAGAAAUACAGAUGUGAAAUUGAAUGAUACUUGUCACUUAAGGAAAACUUUCUAGGAAGGAGACAGGAGAGAAGGGAAACGCUCUGAAAAUGUUUUAGCUUGAGGGUUAGAUGUUUCUGCUAAUUUUGUGGAAUGGUAUGAUGAGGUACAGGGAUGCGGGUGGUGCUGUGGAGGAAUGCGGGUGGCGCUGUGGUCUAAACCACAGAGCCUAAGGCUUGCCAAUCAGAAGGUCGGCGGUUCGAAUCCCCACAAUCGGGUGAGCUCCCGUUGCUCAGUCCCUGCUCCUACCAACCUAGCAGUUCGAAAGCACAUCAAAGUGCAAGUAGAUAAAUAGGUACCACUCUGGCGGGAAGGUAAAUGGCGUUUCCGUGCGCUGCUCUGGUUUGCUAGAAGCGGCUUGGUCAUGCUGGCCACAUGACCCAGAAAAACUGUCUGCGGACAAACGUUGGCUCCCUCAGCCUGUAAAGCGAGAUGAGCGCUGCAACCCCAGAGUCGUCCACGACUGGACCAAACUGUCAGGGGUCCCUUUACCUAUGUUGAGGUACUAUUGUGGCUCUUCUACAAAAGGUGAUGACUACAGUGUAAGAGUUGGAACCUUUCUCUCCGCUAAAAAAGAUUUAAGAGAGAAUAGACUCCAAAAACUAUGAUGUGGUGAGAGAUUCAUUAUCUUCCUUUUCCAAGCAGAAAUAAUUAUGUUUUCUGCCACAGUACCAUGGUGAAUUGCGCUGUGUGAAAAUAUGGUAAGACAACCCUCUCAUGGUUAUUAGCAAACCUAACCAUUGCUGUUGCAGUACUUCCUAGCACUGACUAGUAUUGAAGGAAAGCUUUCCAGGCCUUAGAAAUAAUUGCAUUGACCUUUUACAAAUGAGUUCCCUGGCAAUUGUUUCUAAUUGCCACUGCUUUGAAUUUGCAAAAGGGAUUCAACUUGCUGGUGACAAGCUUUAUUUUCUCCCCUCUCAAACUUAAUUAAUCAAUCCUGUAAAUGACUAAUUAGACAAGUGCCCCCCUUCCCCUUUUUAAAAUUGAGGUAUUGUUUUCCGCCAAAGCUUUUUUUACCCAGCAGGUUUCUCUACAGCUGUAUGAGUGCAUGCAUGCUUCAUAAUUAUAAAAAUUAAGUAAUCACCUCAUUUGUAAAUUAAAAUUGAGGUUAAGCAAUUGACUCAAAAGUUUUGCUUCAUUGCAAAAAGGCCUACUAGUAUCCACCCAGCUGUGAGUUUACAGUUCUCAUGCUUAAGAUUUAAUUUAAAUUGUGUUGCAAAUUGACUUUGCAGAAUUUUAGCCUGAAGUAGCCUGUACAGUGCUACCUCGAGUUACAAACGCCUCAGGUUACAAACGCUUCAGGUUACAAACUCUGCUAACCUGGAAGAGUUAUCUCGAGUUGAGAACUUUGCCCCAGGAUGAGAACAGAAUUCGUGUGCCAAUGGCGCAGUGGCAGCAAGAGGCCCCAUUAGUGAAAGUACGCCUCUAGUUAAGAACCGUUUCAGGUUAAGAACGGACCUCUGGAAUGAAUUAUGUUCAUAACUAGAGGUACCACUGUAUCUAUUUCUGGAAGACAUCAUUGUUCACACAAGCUGGUAUUACUUAGUAUAAUAAUUUAUCCUUCUAUGGGGGCAUUCAGUUCAAAAAAGGUAUUGUGUACAUUUGUGUUUGCUUUCAGGAGCCUUUGACCAUAUUAGACAUUUUUUCUGAUAAUGUUAUGGCCAGUUAAAGGCUGCAACCCAAAACACAGUUACCUGGGACGAUAAGUCCCAUUGAUAUCAAUGAAGCUUGCUUCUAAGUAGAAAUAAGACUGUAAGAAUAAGAGGUAUUCAUAGCACAUGAGUUGUUAGUACUAUUGUGAUUGCUAUCGAUUAAAGAGAUGCAACUGGAAUUCCAAAGAAUUCUCUCCUGGUCACCAGCUUGGCCUGGAUCCUAGGCAUCCUUCUUCCCUCACAUACAAGUAUACAUCCCAGCCACUUUCUGGGAAGGUGUAACAUGGCCUCUUGAAUCCUCAUUCAUUCCCCAAGGAGAACAGCAACAGAGGGGCAUUCAGAACUUUCUCUUUUUCCACCUCAGCUACUCCCUACCGUGCAGAAGUCAAGGUGUAGAGAAAUGGGAGUGGCAGGCAAGAUGCUUAAAGGGGUAUACUUUGGAAAGGCCUCUGCUGCUGUUCAUACUGAUGUGGAUAGAGGAUUAAAUAAUAAUUUUAUUAUGUUGUUUGUGAGAAUGAGCUGAUGGGUGAAGCCAAUGUUGCUCACCAGUGAACACUUGCUUGGUUCAAAAUAGGGUUCCUAUUAAAAAUUAGUUGCUGUGAGGCAGGCUAAAGUUGUUACUGGCUUUGAAGUGACUGUAAUAAUAUUUGUAGUCUUCCCAGUUGACAUUUUUAGUGGUAUGCAGAGGGUUCUUCCAAAUGUCCCAGUGACUUCACAGCCUGUGACCCUUAUUAAGGAAUCUUGGCUCCGUAUCCUGAACAGGAAAAUUGCUAGAUGCGGUUUUUCUAAUAAUGAGAGAACAGCUGCAAUCCCUUCCUCUCUUACUAUACUGUGGCUAGAAAGAAAAGCCUUUCCUGCAUCUGUUACGUGGGGUGAGAGAGAGGAGAGACAGUGACCGAAUGAAGUUAACAAUUUGUGAAUGGGAAAAUGGCAUAUAUAUCUCUGUGCCAAAAACAAUGAAUUAAAACACUAAAAUAAAAUGUCGGAAUUGCCAUGUUAUCCAUGGCCAAUCUAGUCCAGCAUUCUGCUAUAAGUGGUCAUCCAGAUGUGCCUGGAGCUUCAUAAACAGGGCAUGACAGUGAUGGCCGUCCCUUGCUAUUUACCCCACAUAGUGACAUGCUACUUCUGAUUAUGGAGGUUUCUGUUAUUUACAAUUGGAUUGCAGGAGAAACUCAAUUUAGUUCACAUUUAAAAGUGAAUUUGCGUAAUUCAUACUCUCCAAAACAACAUGCAAACCGAAACACAGCCGUCCUUCAAAAUCUGCAUGUCUCUGAAUUUUGCAAUAAAUAUUUGCUAGCCUAGUAAUCUGUGCAAACACACACACACACACACACACACACACACACGGGUAGCGUAUGCAUAGGUCUCUAUAUAGUCUUGAAAAUAAAAUGCAUUAUAUUGGGGAAAAUAGCUUUGCAAAAAUGUGUAUAUAAGGAGAAAUCCACACUAAAAUUCUGAUGAAACUUUGUAAGAACCAUUCAUCUAUUUAUUUAUUUAUUUAUUUAAAAUUGCAGUCAGAUAUGGAAAUGUGGAGAACUGAACUUAAGAUUGAAAAAAAUAAGAAACGGAGAGAAACAGAAAUCAACAUAUUUGCCCAUUCCUCGUUAUGGCUAAUAGCCACUGCUACACCUCAGAUCCUGCUAAGAAAGUUUGUGCUGAUUAGAAAUGUAAGUGCUUAUUGCAGGGGUCAGCAACCCUUUUCAGCCGUGAGCCAGUCCACCGUCCCUCAGACCAUGUGGGGGGCCGGACUGUAUUUUGAAAAAAAAUAUGAACGAAUUCCUAUGCCCCACAAAUAACUCAGAGAUGCAUUUUAAAUAAAAGGACACAUUCUACUCAUGUCAAAACACUCUGAUUCCCAAACUGUCCGCAGGCUGGAUUUAGAAGGCAAUUGGGCCACAUUCGGCCCAUGGGCCUUAGGUUGCCUCCCCCUGGCUUAUUGCAUUAAACCAAUGGUCUGUCUCGCCCAGUGGUGGGAAACCUCAGGGCCAGGAGCCAAAUGCAGCCCUGCAGGCCUCUCUACCUGGCCCUGCAGUGCAGCCCCUGCCCAGCCACACACCCUUCCCUCUGGGCCAUGUUCAGCACCAGUCCUGCUUUGCAUUCUCCUUGAGUGCUUUUGCCUGGCUCAAAUGUGUCCUUGGACCCUGAUAAUGCCUCUUACUUGCCUGGAUGGGGGAGGAUAGAGAGGGGCGUGUGUGAGUACGUGAGAAACUAGCCUACUGUUCAAAGAUAAAAUUUACAUCCAUUGCUCCACACAGUACCCAUAGCUCAGUUGGUAGAGCAUGAGACUCUUAAUCUCAGGGUUAUGGGCCAAGCCCCCUUCCAUUCCCUCCAUCCUGCCUGUGCUGUGAGAUCAGGCUGGGCUCUGUCUGCCUCACUGACUUACUCAUGAGUAACUUCCACCACUCACACUAUUCAGCCUAUGUCGGUAUGAAUGAGAAUCCCUUGACCUGAGAGGAGGGAAUGUUCUUGGGCCUCUCUGCCUGUCCUUCUCAUCCAACUGCCACCAUAGUGCUCAUUCUGGAAUCUGAUGGAGCCUGAACUGGCCCCUUAUCCCAUGCUUGUGGGUUUCCAUGGUGAGGAGCCAGAAACAUUCUGACCUCAGCAGCAUAGGCUUUUGUUUCGUUGGCAUUCAAACAUAGGCUCCCCAGACUGUUGGUACUCGAAAUAACUUGACUCCAAAUGGUCUUCCAGUGCCCUCCCACUAGAGGCAGAGGGGUGCGGGAGCUUGUUGUGUAGCUGCUGGGAUUCAGCCAGCCCCUUUAAUGAUGGGAGAUUAAAAAGGAGUCCACAGAGGCCAGAAAAAUGGAGAAGAGGGCAAGAGGGACAGCACCUUGGGAGGAAACUCUCAGGAGGCACCUACCUGCAAGGUAACCAUGGCUGAUGAUGAGGUGAGGCUGUGAGGCUGUAAAACUUGGUGUAUGCAACUGGCGAAUGUCAAAGACUGGGACUAUGGCCACUGGUUUGUUUAAGGUCUUCAUAGGCCGUGUUUCAGGCAGAACUCACAAAGCAGUUCUUGUAAAGUUAGAGAAAGGGCUGGUGCCAUGCUGUUUUCAUUGGGAUUAUCUGUAUGUUUAAAACAGUUUAUAUACAUGUAUAUAGUUUUAAUGCUAUAGUUUAAUUAUUUUUAAUUAUUUCCCCCUAUUUUAAAGUGAUUAUUGUUUUUAUCUGUAAGCCCCCUUGAGUCCCAUUGGGGGGGAAAGUGGGGGUAUAAAUAUAUAAUAAUAAUUAUAAUAAUAAUCCCUUCCACUGCCUUGUGUGAUAUCUUUGGGAGAGGAAAAGUUAAGGAGUAAACCCUACACAAAUCUGGAGUGGAGUCCCUAAGACAGUGGAAUGGCGACUUGUAGGCCUCCUUCCAGCAACUCCUGCAGCCAAGCUGGUGCCAGACGUCUUGCUCAGCUUUCCUUUGGAGCCCAGCAGUGAGGCCAAGAGGGGGAGGUGUCUUGUAUUCUGAGCAUCCCAGACCUCCAUGCCCCAAGGAGGUCACUUCGGUGCUGCUAGCACAGAGGUUUGACUUCACCCUCGAAGGCACCCGCCAUUGUCUCUCAAGACAGACAGAUGCCAACAAUAUUAAUCACAUUCAUACGGUUGAAUGAAUAUCUGACCUGGAAUUUGAAUAGCUGGAGUAAAAGCUGGAGAGAUGGCUGCUUAGUUUACAGUUUGCUGCAUGCAACAAAAUAUUAGCAAAAGUGAGAAAAAUACAUUGUUUUGUUUCUUAAGUGUCACUGAGAAGUGUUUACCAUCUACCAUGUGUGAAUGUGAGGCCCUGUUAUGGUUUUUAUUUCUUUCUUUGUUUCAUAAGCUUUAUACUCAGUUUGGUUGUUAAAAAAAUCCCCUCAAAGUGGCUUACAAAAAGAUAAAACCAUAAAAAAGGGGGAAAAACAACAAUACACUAAAACAGUGGUUCCCAGUUGGUGGUCUGAGGACCCCAGGAGGUCCACAUAAUCCACCCAGGAGUUCCGUGGCACUGUCAUGUUUUUUGGGGGGCCAUAGGUAAAGGACCACUGGACGGUGAAGUCCAGUCAAAUUUGACUAUGGGGUGCGGUGCUCAUCUCUGCUUUCAGGCCAAGGGAGCCAGCAUUUGUCUGCAGACAGCUUUCCAGGUCAUGUGGCCAGCAUGAUUAAACUGCUUCUGGUGCAAUGGAGCACCAUGACAAGUGCCAGAGUGCACAGAAACUCUGUUUACUUUCCCACCGCAUCAGUGCCUAAUUAUCUACUCGCACUGGUAUGCUUUCAAACUGCUAGGUUGGCAGGAGUUGGGACAAAGCAAUGGGAGCUCCCCCCAUUGUGCAGAUUCGAAUUGCCAACUUUUUAAUCAGCAAGCCCAAGAGGCUCAGUGGUUUAGACCACAGCGCCACCCGCAUCCCUUGGGGGGGGGCAGGGCAUGCAUGCUCUUGCGGAAAUUCUUUUUUUUUUUUGCCAAGACCUCAGUUGCCACAUCCCCAGUUCUGAAUCACUUUGCAAGGGCACUGCCAUAGGCCACAGUCUGCAGAUGUCUGGGAUAGAUUUUGGUUUGCUUCAAGAUCGACUGCCUCCUUGCCCCAUAUAUGCAUGUGGAGCUGCGUGACUGAAUGGUUUUGAAACGGAGCUUCACUGUGUUAGCAGUUGCACCUUGAUAAUUGUGCCUUACUAAUGGGGCUUUGCACACAGGCACGGAUGAAGAUGUCAUUCCCCAUCCACUCUGAAAGCCUCUUGUCUCGAGGUACAACAAAUUCUCAAAGGAGCAUGUCUGAUAGUGUCACAAAGAAUAGUCUAUUUUUAACAAUGCCAUUGUGGGUGUAUGAAUUAUUUAUGCUUAUGUCACACUGUGGCUGGUAUUAUGUUCUGCUUGCAGUGCCGCAUAGCAUCUUGAAUGGUGUAGCUGAGCAGCACACAGAAUAUUGUAGAUCAAGUGAUACCUCUUGGUUUUCAUGUUUGGAAAACUGAUUUCUGCUGAUUGGCGUGUGUGGGCUUUUUUGCGGGCGAGGGGCCUACUGUAUAAGAUGGUCACAAAUCAUGAAUCUAGUCUGGUGUUUAAGUAUGGGCUGUUUGGCAUCACAAAAGAUGAAAAAGAUCAGGCUAUUCAUACUAGCUGAAAUUGAGGAAAAUUAGCCAUAUUACAAUCAUUCCCAAAUUAGUCAUCCUUCCCCUAAGGAUGUGUAACACAGUUAAGAGCCUGUGAAAUAAACAUGAAUGGCUUGGUGUGAAUCUAACAUGAUUUUGGUCAGGAGUCCUCGAAGGCCUCAGUCGCUGCUCUUUCUUUCCUCUUAUGUGGUUGUUCUCUCUCCCAUUUCAUUUUAGAGCUACUCUUAGCAUUGUGUCUGUAAUGCAAUGCUGUGUAGAUGUUCAUGUUCCCAUUUGCCUUUCAGUUAUUUAAGUUGCUCAUAUUUUCAAGUAGUGGUGCUUCGAUGCCUGUUUCUAUUGCACAAUACUGUUCACUGCUGAUUUUUUAAAAAAAGCAGUAUCCUAUGUACUAAACUCGUUAUCAAAGUGUGGAUUCUUAGGUAGGUAGGCCAAAAUCCAUCCACAAAACAGGGAGUUAUCCAUAGGCUUGCAAAAAUACAAUAUAUACUGGGGCAGAAAACCCCAAAUGGCUCAAUGACGACUAACAUUGUCCAGUGGGCAUGGAGUGCUGAGCAGCUAUUUGAGGAUGGGGAUGGAGGGCAUGGCAUAGCUGGCAAGGCCAAGUGUCUUUUGUGGGGGGGAGGCGUUUCUCUCUCGAAAACAUGUAUUCUUUCAUCUGAGUAGUCGGGGAGCGAGGGGAGGUUUAGGUUUCAUUUAAACAACAAAAACAAACCUAUGAAGGAGUCUGUGAAUGUGCUUGACCUGAAAUGCUGAAUAUCAGAGAAAUCUUCCUGACAGUGCAAUUUAUUUUCCUGUGCAAUUAUCUCCCAAGAGAUGUGCCCUCCAAAACCCUAUUGAUUGAGUCAUUUAAAACUAAACUGACCAAAAUUCUGAUAAAUGUCCAGUAGACAGGACUGUUACAUUUUGAAGAAGGGGAGGGCUCAAUGAUGUGAGUCUGUAGGUUCUUAAUAGUUCUUGACAAAAUGACUCCAUGAAUAAUAUCCUCUUUAAAACCAGGGCUGCAGUGUGUUUUCUAAUCAGUGUGUUUCAUUUUCUGUGUUACUUGUGAACGAUAUGAAUCACUUCUUUGGGGAGAUCUCACCAACCUUCCAUCUCUUUCCCUGGGGAACUCCUGUGAAACAGGCUCCCCUCUUACAGGCAGACUUGGCAGACGCGAAAGGCUCCUCAGCAUUUUCUUGACACAGUAAUAGUGCAUUGAUUGCAAAUUUAUUUUUGCCAUUUCUUCUGUGAUGCUUCCCCAAUGCUACCACAUUGUUGCAGUCCAGAGAGGCUAUAGCACAACAAGAGUGGGACAAAAAUAAGCCAGAACAUUUGUGGGAUGAGUUACGGGAUUUCAGCAGGAAGUCAUGGGAUGUGCACGGAUUAGAAAUGAGGCAGUGUGACCACCCCAAAAGUUUCAUCGGCACAAAUGGUGUUGAAAGCAAGGUCAUAUAUGGCCACCCCAAUAGCAUUAUGAGCACAAUCACAAUCUAUUAAUCACCUGAUAGCACCAUGAUGUCAGGUGACUCAACUCCUGAUUCUUUCCUUUAUUUCUUUGCAACAGGUUUUUGGAGGGGAUUUGUUUCAGGUCACAUUUCAAGGUGACUCUAUGGAAAUCUGCACAUUGUGAAACAAUAGGAGAACCAAAAUACAGCCAUCCUUUGAAAUUUGCACUUAGUCAAAUUUGGCAAACCAACCAGUGUUUCCAAAAAUAUAUUAGUGGAAGUAUGCAUAAAAAUGAAUAAUUGUUUCAAAAAACACAAAAAUAAAUGUUAUUAGAAAAAAAUGCUUGCAAAAAUGUGUAUAUUAGUUGAAACAACAUACAAAAAUGUAUUAAGAGAAAUUCACACCAAAAUGCUGGUGGAUUUUUAUUUAUUUUAAUUACAGUUGUGGGCUGGAAGUCUCCCACCAUUGUUCUAAGUGAGGGGUGAGCAAACUUUUUCGGCAGGGGGCCUGCCCACGGUCCCUCGGACCUUGUGGGGGCCAGACUAUUUUUUGGGGGGGGGGAAUGAACGAAUUGCUAUGCCCCACAAAUAACCCAGACAUGUAUUUUAAAUAAAAGGACACAUUAUACUCAUGUAAAAACAUGCUGAUUCCCAGACCGUCCGUGGGCUGGAUUUAGAAGGCGAGUGGGCCGGAUCUAGCCCCUGAGCCUUAGUUUGCCUACCCAUGUUCUAGGUCAGGCAUGGCCAAACUUUGCCCUCCCGAUGUUUUGGGACUGCAACUCCCAUCAUCCCAAGCUAACAGGACCCGUGGUCAUGGAUGAUGGGAAUUGUAGUCCCAAAACAUCGGGAGGGCCAAGUUUGGCCAUGCCUGUUCUAGGUGAUCAAAUGGAGAAGUUUUUAAAAAACCAACAUCUUUGUCUUUUAGGCCAAGCUUAUGUGACAAUGAAAUCUACUAAAACAAUACAUGUAGAUAGAAACUUCGCUCUAUUUAUAGCAAGGCUACAUUUGACAGAUCUUCAUACUGGCCUGCAGGAAAACACUUUUAUUUUCGCCCAUUUGCAAACAUAGCAUGUACUUUAAAUUCUCUGGAUGCCAUACUGUUGCCUGGUCCAUUCCUCAUUCCCAAGGAAUGCAGACAUUGUCUACCCUUAUCUACACUGGUCAGUUAAAACGUUAAAAACGAGUUAUAAAAAUGUGACACCAGAGGGCACUGUAGAGCAGUGAUCCGUUGUCAAUGCAAAAUUGCAUUGAGAGCUAUCGUACGUUGAUGUUUUUUUGAAAGUGUUUUUACAAAUCAGGGCAGCCUAAGUCAUGAUAUGAUCUCAGGGAAGUUACAAUCCAGACAUCAACAUUUUGCUGCCAAUGAGUGGAGACUUGCUUGCAAUGGCCAUUGUGCUUAAUUCUGCUACUGGAGAGUAGGUUCUCUCAUCCAAACCUCUCUCUCUCCAACAUUUACUACAUAGGAAAUCUCUGAGAACCCAGUGCUGAUGAGAAGUAAGACUCUCUCCAACAUCACUAACAUAAAGUAAGCACUAUAAUGUGCUCUUGUGUCUGCUCAUAGAUAGUAUUUGUGUCCUCUGCAUUCUAAUUGUCCUGCCUGUUUCAUCAUCCUUAAUAUCUCAGUAAACCAGGAAAGUUGGGCUCUUCAGCACAGGAGAGUGUGUUUGGGGGUGAUCCAUUGAUAGUGCUUUUCAUCUCACCAUUCCACAGUGAGACCAUGGUUUCAAAUGAAGCAUCAGCAGUGUCAACCGGAAACUCCAUGAGAACAUUCAGGAUUUCUUAGCUUCCAGGAGUGCCUCACCCCUGUUGAGAACAGAAGCAGCCAAUCUCCAUUGAAUUCCUCAUCUCAAUGGGGCUUGUGCAGGGGAAUCUAACAAUGGAUUGUGUCGUCCCACCCUGGGAUUUUUGAAACUUGAAUUUUCAAAAGUUGGCAGGUUUGAACAUGAGAACCCCUUCAAAUAACUCCCCUCUUCUGGCUUCGUGAUAUAUGCAACAUAAAACCAAUUCUAAGUAAUACAUAUCAAAAUGACACCUUACAGUAUUUUUGCACUUAGAGAAAAGGCUCUUGAUAGGAUGCCUUGCCCCAGCCCCUCUUCCAGCUGCAAUGAGUGUACAUGCACUUCAGGUUACAUACGCUUCAGGUUACAGAGUCCGCUAACCCAGAAAUUGUACCUCGGGUUAAGAACUUUGCUGCAGGAUGAGAACAGAAAUUGUGCGGUGGCAGCAGAAGGCCCCAUUAGCUAAAGUGGUGCUUCAGGUUAAGAACAGUUCCAGGUUAAGAACGGACCUCUGGAACGAAUUAAGUUCUUAACCCGAGGUACCACUGUAUUUGUUGAAAAUAUUGUCGUCUUCUUCCUAGUAUCAUGGUGGUAUCCUAGUAUCCAGUAGCAUGCAUAUGCAAUCAGAGUUUGGAGGCAAACCCAGCCACAUGGGCAGGAUAGAAAUAAAUGAUGAUGAUGAUGAUGAUGAUGAUUAGUGCUGAAGCAAUAUCUGCAUUGACCAAGGUGGGUUCCAGCAACUUACCUGACACAUGUCUAACAGAUGGUUUAAUGGGGCAGGUGAAACAGGGAAGCUUGUAGGCAUGGGCGGCAGCGGGGGGGGCACUUUAAGAGUUGCAUAUGUUCAGCAAUAUACGAGGCCCUUGUUUUCCAGGCCCUUCAACAUUGUCAGUUUAUUUCCAGACAAUCCCAGGGCUACCUUCAUUACCAAACUCUUAACAAGGAUCGGUCACAGCUUGCUGCCAUAUUCUCACAGACUAGCAGCUAAGGGAGUUGUGACUUGCUUGUAUUCACCAGAACGUGUGAUAUUAACUAUAAAAAGCCUGCACCAGUGUUUUUGUCUGGGUCCUAACAUAUAUUGUACAUAGCUUAAAUAUAAUUAAAAUGUGUGAAAAGUUUUCAUUAAAAACGUAAGUUUACUUAUAAAUAGCAAACAAUAUUUACCUCAGCAGUUCUCACACUUCCCCCCAACCCACGACCGCUGGAAAAGUGGCUGAAGCUCUUGGCAGACUUCCUAAUUAUUUUUUCUGUCUGCUGCAGCAAUUGUAAUGCACUGUGCUGGAUGCAAUAUGAUUUCUCAUUGCAUUUUUACAGACAUGCCACAGACCACCUGAGUGGACCAACCGUUACUGCUUUCAUUCUGAAAUUAAUUUUUCUUGUUCUGAAAUUACACCAUGUUCUGCACAGGUUCUUUGUCUUUUCUACUGAUUUCCCAGGUAGCUCCUUUAAGAAAAACCUACACAUUAAUGGUAUAGCAAUACUCCUACUUUUUGUAAACCUCCUUCUAAAUAUCUUUUGAAAGCAUUAAGUUAGAGUCAUCUGGCACAUCCGGCAACUUAGUCUUAUCAGUGGCCAUAGAUACAUUCUCUAUAUUGAACUCAUUUUCAUCUUGUUUUCCCCAUCUACAGCGAGGGGGGAAAGUAUUUGAUCCCCUGCUACAGCACUAUGCCCUGCUAUGUGCAUGGGUGAUGUCAGCGCGCACACGCCAGGGGUGUGUGAUGAUAUAGUGCACACAUGCCCCGCAGAGUGCACGUGUGGCUGCACCGGACUUUGUGGGAGCCUGGCCCCCUCAUUUAAAAUGUUGUGGGGGCCAUGGCACCCAUGGCCCCGGGAACUUGGCCCCUAUGGCCUGGACACUAUUUUGGAGGUUUGUUGUCAUAGGAUGCCAGAAUACUAUGCAUAUACGAAUCCUCUAAAGGUUAAUUACGUUAAGAGAAUGAGUGGCUCAAGGUUACUCUGUGAGUUUCCUGGCUCUGAGGGUUUGAACCUUAUAGGUCUCCAUAAUAGCCCUUGUCCAACCAUAUAGCUACUCCAUUGUGCCAGAGGUGCCAACUUAUGAGAGCAAUUUUGGAGUAGAGGGAGAACGUUGUGCGUGUGACAUCAGGGCGUUGGUAGGAGCUGGGGGAGGAGCCAAAUGUGGUGGCUGUGCAACUUCAGUGGCUGGUGGAUCCUCGUCCACCUCCUCCUGGUACCGCCGCUGGUGGGUGGCUGCUUUGAUCCUCCUUCCCUUUCGCGGUAGGAGGAGACGGAGACAGACCUGGCUGCUGGAGCUGCCCUGUGGUUGACUCUGUGCUUUGACUCUGCGCUUUUGGAACAUUGGGGGUCCCUGGUCCCGAACUCAAAAAUAUAGGGGGGUCAGAAAGGUCUCAGCCUCCUGUAGCUGGUUCUCCUGCACCAUACUAACAUUAUGGAACAUCUACUUUCAAGUUUCUUGCUACAAUUAGGGGGAAAAACAGCUGGGAAUUUAAUGGCUGUCUUGUUAUGUGUAUGCACAUCCUCCGCUUUCCCUCUUCUCUAUCUUUACUCUUGUAUCAGUUCAUUUUUUUAGGUUGUGAACCUACUGACAGGAUCUGUUGGAUUAAAUUAUGAUUUAUGCAGCACCUGGGUUUUAGGAGUUUAAGAAAUAAGAAUCAUAGAAUCGUAAAAUUGGAAGGGAUUCCAUGGGUCACCUAGCCCAACCCUCUGCAAGCCAGUAAUCUCAACAAAGCCUAUGGCACCCUGUUUUCCCAGACCAUCUCCCAUCCAAGUACUAACAAGGCCUGACCCUGCUUAGCUUCUGAGAUCACACAAAAUAAUGAUAAUAUAUUCACAAACUUUAUAUCCAAGAACAGGGAGCUCUUAGUCCAGUUGUCUGGUCUACCCAGCAAAGGAUAUGCUCAGGUUCCUACCUAUUUCCUCAACUCAGUUUGAAUCCAGAAACCUAAUCUGCAGCCUUUUAAAAAUCCCAGUGGUGUUACUUUAAUUAAAACCAUAAAGAACCACACUCUGAAACAAUAGCAUUUGUGACUACCUGCAAAGUGCAUUCUGUCCUUAUUUGUUGCAUUUCUCCAUGAUGGUCAUUUAUUUUCAGCAUGGAGGCUGCUGGAGCUGUGUCCUGCCUUCACAAUUAUAUUAAAACAGGAUAGGUUUCUUCUCCAUAGGGCAUUUACCAUUUAGAAUAAAUUGGCUUUGGUAUAACAAAUUAUGCUGACGUUUUUUCCAUAUGAGUGAGAUGUAUGCUUGGUUGUCUAAACGUGCAUUUCACAAAAAUAGCAAAUCAGGUAUUAAAGACGGGUUUGCAGUAAGAGCUAGGUUAUCAUAAAUGUUACAGCUUAUGGUUGCUUUACAGUAUUUAAAAUAAGCAGAAUUUCGGUUUGAAAAGGUUGCAUUAUUGGACAGCAAACUCCAAAUAUUUACAGAAUGAUAAAUCUGACUUAACUUGGAGAGUAUUGAUACUGAGUUUUUGUUGUUAAAUCAGACCAGUAAAUACUAGUUUUAAGCAAUAUGUUCCUCAGUAUACGAUCCUGUACUUUCUUUUGGUAAAAAAAAGAUGUGCUUGUCCUCCCAUCUUGAUAAAAGUGUUCCUGGGCGCCAGCACAGCAUGGCUGCCAUGGGCUGCACACACAAAAUGGAACAGGGCUCUGGAGGGCCUUUUUUCAGCCGGAACUCACUGGCACCUCCCAGGUGGGUGUCACUGCCAUAAUAAGAGAACAAGGGAGGAUUCGUGGUGAGUUCUGGCACUUUCCCCCCUAUCACUGGUACUCAAUCAAUAUUAUCACAAAAACACAUACUGAUCCAAUUCCACUUCUUCAUGUGACGUCCCAAAUCCUUCGCCCACUUUUUCAUAAGGUUACAACAUACUCAGCGACACUCUCAGAUCUAAUAACAAGAAUAUAUAAAAAAAUCUUUGCACGGGGGAUUUGAACUCAGUUACUUUUCUCCCUCAUUUGAUAAUAUUUUCUACACACAGAUAAUGGGGUAUUUCUUGCUUGAAAGUACUGGAAGCACGAAGGUAUUACACCUCCCCUUCUCCUCUCUUCAUAAACUGUUAUGUUUUUGACCGUUUACCAAAUUUUCAGGACUAUGUAGAUUGUGAUAUAUCCAUAUUGAUACAUCUCUUGUCACACCUGAAAUGUGAUGGUUCAUUGUUUAAAAAGAUGUGCAUAGUCAUAAACCAGGACACAGACUUGAUCUUGACUGCUAGAGAGAAAUAGACUAGGAGACAUGAGCACAGCGGGGGGGGGGGGAGGCGGGGGGGGAGCUGUCCCCCAAUCAAGUAAGUAAAUAAAAAUACUUAACUGACCAUUUGCAUCACAGAUAAAUUGGUUCUGCUGAGGUAGAAUCCACAGAGCACAUUUUAUUGAGCUGUCCCUUCUACAACGAUUUAAGACAGUAUCUUAUAACUCCAUACUUACCCCAGCUCAGUUCCCGACAAAGAGGAAAGCAGACAGCAUAUCUGCUAAAUAAGUCUUCUGGGAAAACAACCUUGUCAGUGGCUAAAUUUCUUUUCCUGGCACUCAAGUGUCGGAAACGUAUAAUUGAAUGCUUUGACGUGGGUUAUCUGUGAGAGAUCUAGUACUGUGGCUCUACCUUACUUAUGUACCUUAUGUAACUUAUGAUGUUAUAGUUUACAAUUAUUGUGUAAUGUUUUAAUUCUGACUAUCGGUCGAAUAAAGAAAUUGAUUGAUUGAAAUUGGUUCUGCAACCUCAACAUAAAGCCUGCCCCCCCCAAAUAAAUCCUGGCUACGCCCUUUUAACAGAAUUGUACUCAAGUUUAUUUAUUUUUAUAAUUAUUAUUUUUCAUGGUACCAUAUUAAACCUUUUAUUAAUUUCUUCUUCUUUUCAAUAGUUUCCUCAGAGAGAAGCCAGUCAUUUAUUUAAUGAGGCCUGCUUAACAGCCUGAUAAUAGGAUGCAAUAUUACAGCGGUGGUGAACCUAUGGCACGCGUGCCAGAGUGGGUAUGCGGAGCCCUCACUGCUGGCAUGCGCGCCAUCGGCCCAUCCGCGCUGUUGCUUUAUUGUUUUUUCCAUUUGUGCUCCCGCUGCUCCCCACGCUACUGCGUGCAUCCACUGCUUACACCCUAUAGGGGACGCGGGUGGCCCUGUGGGUAAAACCUCAGCGCCUAGGACUUGCCGAUCGAAAGGUCGGCGGUUCGAAUCCCCGCGGCGGGGUGCGCUCCCGUCGUUCGGUCCCAGCACCUGCCAACCUAGCAGUUCGAAAGCACUCCCAGGUGCAAGUAGAUAAAUAGGGACCGCUUACUAGCGGGAAGGUAAACGGCGUUCCGUGUGCUGCGCUGGCUCGCCAGAUGCAGCUUUGUCACGCUGGCCACGUGACCCGGAAGUGUCUGCGGACAGCGCUGGCUCCCGGCCUCUAGAGUGAGAUGAGCGCACAACCCUAGAGUCUGGCAAGACUGGCCCGUACGGGCAGGGGUACCUUUACCUUUAACAGUGUUCAUUAUUUGACCCACGUGAUUUUUUACUGCACUUUUUUCGGUGCUGCGAGGUAGUUCCCAGCUCCCCACUCCAAGCCAGGCCUCGCCCAUUCCCUUCUGCCCUCCCCUCCCCAGCUCCAAUCCUCUGCAGGCCCCUCGCCUCCCAUCGGCCUGACCUGCCUGGGCUAGGAGGGCACCUGCGCCCGCUGCCUCCCUGCAUGCCUGGCCCAACCCAGCCUCACCCCUUGGCUGUGGGGAUGAUCCCUCCUUCUCUUGUCUUUUUAAUUAAAGCCUUAGUUGCCAUAUCUGGCAGUUUCCUAAGCCAAAUAAAUUGCCAUUUAUUAGGUUUAGCCAUUUACUGUAGCCAAUAGAAUAGGUUGGCUGCGGAAAGGAGCAGCCAAGCAUACUAGGACUCAAUUUCUUGACUUUAAGAAAGCUGACUUCAUAAAACUUAGGGAAGUGCUGGGUGAGAUCCCAUGGACAGUAAUACUAAAAGGAAAGGGAGUUCAUGAUGGCUGGGAGUUUGUUAAGAGGGAUACUAAAAGCACAACGUCAGGCAAUACCAAUGAGACAGAAACAUGGAAGGUGCCUAAAGAAGCCAGGGUGGCUAUCUAAAGAACUUUUAACUGAGUUAAGAUUAAAAAAGGAUGUGUAUAAAAAAUGGAAAAGGGGGGAAACCACCAAAGAGGAAUUCAAACAAAUAGCCAGCACGUGUAGACACAAAGUCAGAAAAGCUAAAGCACAGAAUGAACUCAGGCUUGCUAGAGAGGUUAAAAGCAACAAAAAGGCUUUUAUGGGUAUGUUCGUAGCAAAAGGAAGAACAAAGAAACAGUGGGGUCACUCAGAGGAGAAGAUGGUGAAAUGCAAACAGGGGACACAGAAAGGGCUGAACUCCUCAAUGCCUUCUUUGCCUCAGUCUUCUCCGAUAAAGAAAACAAUGCCCGACCUGAAGAAUUUGGAGCAAAUGAUUCAGCAAAGGAAACACAGCCCAGAAUAACUAAGGAGAUAGUACAAGAAUACUUGGCUAGUUUAGAUGUAUUCAAGUCUCCAGGGCCAGAUGAACUGCAUCCAAGAGUAUUAAAAGAACUGGCAGAUGUGAUCUCAGAACCACUGGCAGUCAUCUUUGAGAAUUCCUGGAGAACAGGCGAAGUCCCGGCAGACUGGAGGAGGGCAAAUGUUGUCCCUAUUUUCAAAAAGGGGAAAAGAGAGGACCCAAAUAAUUACCGCCCAGUCAGUCUGACAUCAAUACCAGGGAAGAUUCUGGAGCAGAUCAUUAAGCAAACAGUCUGUGAGCACCUAGAAAGGAAUGCUGUGAUCACCAAUAGUCAGCAUGGAUUUCUGAAAAAUAAGUCAUGUCAGACUAACCUGAUCUCGUUUUUUGACAGAAUUACAAGUCUGCUAGAUGAAGGGAACGCAGUGGAUGUAGCCUACCUUGAUUUCAGCAAGGCAUUUGACAAGGUGCCUCAUAAUAUUCUUGUAAAGAAGCUGGUAAAAUGUGGUCUUGACUAUGCUACCACUCAGUGGAUUUGUAACUGGCUGACUGACCGAACCCAAAGGGUGCUCAUCAAUGGUUCCUCUUCAUCCUGGAGAAGAGUGACUAGUGGGGUGCCACAGGGUUCUGUCUUGGGCCCGGUCUUAUUCAACAUCUUUAUCAACGACUUGGAUGAUGGACUCAAGGGCAUCCUGAUCAAAUUUGCAGAUGACACCAAAUUGGGAGGGGUGGCUAACACCCCAGAGGACAGGAUCACACUUCAAAACGACCUUGACAGAUUAGAGAACUGGGCCAAAACAAACAAGAUGAAUUUUAACAGGGAGAAAUGUAAAGUAUUGCACUUGGGCAAAAAAAUGAGAGGUACAAAUACAAGAUGGGGACACCUGGCUUGAGAGCAGUACAUGUGAAAAGGAUCUAGGAGUCUUGGUUGACCACAAACUUGACAUGAGCCAACAGUGUGACGCGGCAGCUAAAAAGCCAAUGCAAUUCUGGGCUGCAUCAAUAGGAGUAUAGCAUCUAGAUCAAGGGAAGUAAUAGUGCCACUGUAUUCUGCUCUGGUCAGACCCCACCUGGAGUACUGUGUCCAGUUCUGGGCACCACAGUUCAAGAAGGACACUGACAAACUGGAACGUGUCCAGAGGAGGGCAACCAAAAUGGUCAAAGGCCUGGAAACGAUGCCUUAUGAGGAACGGCUAAGAGAGCUGGGCAUGUUUAGCCUGGAGAAGAGGAGGUUAAGGGGUGAUAUGAUAGCCAUGUUCAAAUAUAUAAAAGGAUGUCACAUAGAGGAGGGAGAAAGGUUGUUUUCUGCUGCUCCAGAGAAGCGGACACGGAGCAAUGGAUCCAAACUACAAGAAAGAAGAUUCCACCUAAACAUUAGGAAGAACUUCCUGACAGUAAGAGCUGUUCGACAGUGGAAUUUGCUGCCCAGGAGUGUGGUGGAGUCUCCUUCUUUGGAGGUCUUUAAGCAGAGGCUUGACAACCAUAUGUCAGGAGUGCUCUGAUGGUGUUUCCUGCUUGGCAGGGGGUUGGACUCGAUGGCCCUUGUGGUCUCUUCCAACUCUAUGAUUCUAUGAUUCUAGGUUGCAGUGUGUGCUGUUGCAAACACCCACGCCUCCAGGUGGUGAGAGACUUCCUACAUAGGAUUGAAGAUCACUAAAGAAUACUAUGUUUUGUGAUUCGUGGUUUUAUUUACACAUGUAUACAGGUGGAAUGUGAGAUGAUGGAAGGGCUCACAGCUUCAACACUCCAACAGUUUGCAUCCUCCAUUAGCGUUCUAGCAGCAAGGCGGGCAAACUGUAGUUGGGACUCAUCACUGAGAGCAAGUCAGGCCUCUGUGUCUUCCCAGCUUCUGGCUCCAGGUGAGAAUAGACAAGGCUGUCCCAUUAGGGCAUGUUGAAAUUUUAAAUUUUCAAAUUCCAAAAAUAUGGAGUACUAAAAAGUUGUAACAUGAUGGGAAUUCAAAAGAUAUUUUGGUUAAAUUAAUAUAACUUCGUUUUACUUAGUAAGUAAUAUGCGUGUCAAAUUGCAUAGAAAUCAUUAAAAAUGAUUGCAAAGUACUUGCAGUUAUAGUAUAUAUUAUUAGUAUUUCAAUUUAUUAUUAAUAUUAUUACUAUUAUUAAUAUUUAGCAUUACCUGACAUAUUCAGAAAGUAACAUUAAAAUUCUUUGAUUUUCCGAGAAGUUUAUGUGCUUUUUAAUCAAAUGUAGAUUUACCAAGCUAAAUGUUGUUGAAUCAAAACAAUUGUAAUAGUUUUGAAUUCCUCACACCAAAAACAUGUUUUCAAGACCCUUCUUACAGGUAUAAAACCCAAGGCUUGGGUGGGUGCCACAGAUGACAGGCAGGCUAGCCCCCACUCCCGCAUCCUAUAGCAUUACUUUCUGUUUCUUAUUGGGUGCAUGUAUGCAUCCAACUGUUUUCUGCCAUGGCAAACAUUACAACGAGCAGCCUUCGAAUGCAGUUUUUGAUUGGGGGCCCUGCUGUAUUGUUAAAUCAGAAGGCCUUUCCUUAACAGUAGGCCUUUCCUACAGGGCUUAGGAAGACCAUAUUCCCUCAAACAAAUCUGCCCGGGUUUGAGAUCCUUGGGAGAGGCAAUUCUGCCACCCUCACAAGCAUACUUGGUAGAGACGCAGGAGAGGGCCUUCUUGGUGGUGGCUACUCCCAGACUCUGGAACUCCUUCCCUUGUCCAUUCUGCUGGCAGGUGAAGACGUUCUUGCUCCAACAGGCUUUGAGGAACUGACUGCUUUUAGUUAAAGGGCUGGUGCCAUGCUAUUUUUAUUGCAAUCAUAGUUUUAAUUCUAUAAACAUUUAAUUGUAUUUUAAUAAUAGGUAUUCUGUGUUAUUAACGGCUCUUGCUCUUAUCUGUAGGAUGCCUUGAGUCUCAGGACUCAGCUACACAGCUGCAAUUAUAACAUUAUAAGUGCAUUAUAAAAAUGUGACACCAGAUGGCGCUGUCGAGCCCAAUGGAAAAUUGCAUAUUUAUUUUUAUAGCAUUUUUUAUAUUUGUGUAGAUCCAGCCAGAAAAAAGGCAAGUAUAAAUAAAUAAAUAAAUAAAUAAUAACAGCAACAUUUACAGCAUCUGGAUCCACCCAGUGGAAGGUGAAGGUUUCCCUUCAUGUUGAGUGUAGGAAGAAAAGGAUUCAUUUUGAGACAUUCAUCCUCAUUAUAAAUAGCAAAGGGAAAUUCAAUAAUCUGUAAGAAAUGAAUGCAUGUUAUAUAAGUAGGAUAGAUUGCUUUUAAAACAAUGAAUAUAAUGAUACAAAGCAACCCCUUUUGUUACAAAGAAAAUGAUAUAUUGUAUUGUAUGAAAGCCAUGUUAAAGAAAUCUUAUUGAAACAUUUUUCCCAUUUAGAAAAUAAGGAGGAUUUCUGUUUUUUUUUGAAAAUUGUCUGUGUAUAGUCUCAUAUUAUUAUUCUUAUGGAAGCUCUAUAGAUACAAGCAAAACAUUUAAAAUAUAUAUAUCAAAGGAAAUCUAUAGCCUUCAUGCCUCUCUUCAUUUCUGGGAAGACAGAAGGGUCUGUUUAUGCUGGAUGUUAUUAGUUCUUAGAAUGUUACUGUUGUGCAGCAUAAUCCUUCCUCAAGUUCGAGCUGCUGCCUUGAAUCAUAGAAUUGCAGGGUUGGACAGGACCACAAUGGUCAUCUAGUCCAGUCCAGUCUUUUGCCCAACAUGGGGCUUGAACACAUGACCCUGAGACUAAGAACCUUUCAUCUUUCCUCUGCUUAGAGCUGAAGUAUAAUCCAUAGUGGCAUCACCUGCGAAACCUCUGACUUUUGCUCUAGUGAUACGGUCACAAUGGCCCUUUGCUGAGCAGAGGAGAGGCAGUGAUGUUCGUAGCAUCAACAGGAUCAGUGGGAUGUCAAGGUCCAGUUACAGGUUGACAGAAAGGGGGAGCAGGAAUGUGAAACUGUGGAUCUCAGGAUCUCACAAGCAACUGGCAGCAACAGCAGCUGCGUCAAAAGGUCAAGGGGGUGUUUGCGUUUGCCGAAUGAUAAAACGCCUUCUGUGAGUCCUCCCAGUCAAGUGCCUCAUUGAUCCACGUCACUGAGGAUGUUUGUAUCCCAGAAUUCCUAAUACUUUGGUCUCUUAAGAUGCUGGUCCAGCAGGAUCAACAGCUCUUGACUUAAUAUCAUUAGAGUGAUGUUGAGCCUUUAAGGAAUGUAGUGGUGCUGGAUUAGGAUCCAGUCUGGCCUAGGAGAAGGUAAAGAAGGCUUACUUUCUAACAUUGUACAGCAGGAAUUCCUACAAGUAAUUUUUUCAUAAUUUGUACUUCAUUGAGGUGGCAGUCCUAAAGACAAUUAUGUGGGAGUAAGUCCCAGUGGGACUUAUUUCUGUGUGGACAUGUAUAGGAUGUCACUGUAAGCAUCUUGUUAAUUAUUGUUGAAUUUAUUAUGGGAAGCCUCUAGAUGUUUUGAACUACAACUCCCACCACCCCUGACUGUUAGCAGUGCUUGCUGGAACUGAAGGGCUUUGUAGCCCAAAAUGGAGGACACCACGUUAGCUGAUGCCCCGUUUUAUGUGAAGCAAAUUAAUUAGUGAAACAAGUUCUUGCUUCCGCACCAUGAAUAAAAGCUGCCAUUAAGUACUAGUUGGAAUGUCCAGGCUUCCUGCCGUUUUAUCAAACGGAGUGCGAAUAACAGAACAAAUGCUUACUUUGUAAGCAUUACUACUGCGGAAGUUAGUAAUUGAACUGCUUUGAAUGAAGAGAAGCUAUACUUGUUGAUCUUUAUAAUUAUGCUUCUCUGCUUCGCUCGUGCCUCCCGUGGUUUUUGUAUUUUUCAAGUAGCUUUUCUACAUAAUAGCUGAGGUCAUGUCCAACUAAGAUGAAAGGCACUGGGAGAGCAUCAUCUAUGGAGGAAAGACAGCCCAUGAGAUCAAUGUGCCAGAUUUCUAAAGGAAUAACUUCCCCUCUGAGAAAUGUCACAGGCAACAAUAGUCAAAAGAGCUUGGCAUUACUCUUGUGUGAAAAGAGGCAGGACAAAUCUGUCCAGAGGAUGAAGAAGGUAGGCCUGCAUUUGCAGAGGUCAUUACUCUUCCCAACUGCCUUUCCCACAGUGUAUAGUCAGAAAUAUAUGGCAAUAUACUGACCACAUUCAGUUGCCCUGUUAAGCCUUUGUUUACCUUGAUAAAGAAUGUGCACCAAAAAAUGUAACAAAAUGCAUAUAUGAUUUUCAGUUUUAUACAUUUCAAUCAUUUUACAAUCAUUUUAAUAUUUCAAAACUUGACUUCCUUCCCCCUCUUUCUGCAGUUCCUUAAAUUUAUUUUUUAUAUUCUCUGCAUAUUCCAAAUUACUCAUUACUUAAUUUACUCAUUUAUUCAUCUACUUUAAAUAUAUACUCUUCUAAAACUGCAGGUUAUUACAAUAAUCCUGCCAAUGUUCUUAUCUGUUUACAGUUUAUUUGUAAAUCUUCAAUAAACCAUUUCCAUUCUUUUAUAAAAUGUUUGUUAUCUUGAUUUCUUAUAUUUCCAGUAAGUUUUGCCAUUUCUACAUAUUCCAUAAGUUUUUAUAUCCAUUCUUCUUUCGCUGGGACUUCUUCUUUCCAUUUUUGGGCAAGUAACAUUCAUGUCGCUGUAGUUGUAUACAUGAAUAAAUUUCUAUACAGUUUGGGUAGUUCUGUCCCUAUAAUUCCCAACAGGAAGGCUUCUGGGUUUUUUUUACAAACAUUAUUUUAAACAGCUUUUUCGAUUCAUUAUAUAUAAUUUCCCGGUAAGCUUUAACCUUAGGGACGUGGGUGGCGCUGUGGGUAAAACCUCAGCACCUAGGACUUGCCGAUUGCAUGGUCGGCGGUUCGAAUCCCCGCGGCGGGGUGAGCCCCCGUUGUUCGGUCCCAGCUCCUGCCCACCUCCACCUAGCAGUUCGAAAGCACCCUUAAGUGCAAGUAGAUAAAUAGGUACCGCUUUAUAGCGGGAAGGUAAACGGCGUUUCCGUGUGCUGCGCUGGUGCCGGCUCGCCAGAGCAGCUUUGUCACGCUGGCCACGUGACCCGGAAGUGUCUGCGGACAGCGCUGGCUCCCGGCCUCUAGAGUGAGAUGAGCGCACAACCCUAGAGUCUGUCAAGACUGGCCCGUACGGGCAGGGGUACCUUUACCUUUAAGCUUUAACCUUAUACUAUGAGACUACCACAUAUGAUAAAAAGAACUUUCUUUCUCUUUACAUUUCCAACAUUUACUUGAUUUUGAUUUAUACAUUUUUGCCAAUUUACUCUGUGUUAGGUACCAUCGAUAAAACAUUUUCAUAUAAUUUUCUCUUAAACCAUAGCACGCUGUAAAUUUUAUAUCCAUAUUCCACUAUCGUUCCCAUGCUUCCAUAUCUCUAUUAUAACCAAUAUCUAUUGUCCAAUGUAUCAUUGAGGAUUUUACUUGCUUAUCCUUUGUCUCCCAUUCCAAUAAUAUCUUACACAUUUUAGACAGCACUUUUAAAGGUAAAUGAACCCCUGACCAUUAGGUCCAGUCAUGGCCGACUCUGGGGUUGCGCCGCUUAUCUCGCUUUACUGGCCGAGGGAGCCGGCGUACAGCUUCCGGGUCAUGUGGCCAGCAUGACUAAGCCGCUUCUGGCGAACCAGAGCAACGCACGGAAACGCCGUUUACCUUCCCACCAGAGCGGUACCUAUUUAUCUACUUGCUCUUUGACGUGCUUUCGAACUGCUAGGUUGGCAGGAGCAGGGACCGAGCACUUUUGCAUACCAACAAAUCUCUCUCCGGUUGUGAUAUUUGUUCCCCAAACCCUCGUAUCCUAUCUUUCUUAAAUACUUCAUUCAAAUGAUGAUAUUGUAUCCAUGUUGUUAAUUUUCCUGAUAGUUCCUUCGAUUCUUUCAAUUGAUACUCUCCUCCCUGUGUAUGCUGGGAUACCACAGUGUGGCGCACCAGUCUCUGUGCUGCUUCUCUCAGACGUCUCCCAGCAGCAGGAGAAAAGAAAGGGUGCUGGUGUGUCAGAGACAGGCCCAAGUAGAGGAAAUGAGAACCUUGGGGGCUACAAGAAACAGACACAGAGUGCAGGGAAGGUUGUUAAGUGAGAGGAAUGGAGAAGAGGAGGAAGGAGAGGAGACAAGGAGGGGAGAGGCUCAUAUCAGAGGCAGUGGCAAACAGCUGUGGGCAAACCUGGGUGUGCAAACUCAAUACAGCACUUGGGGUGAGAUUUGUGCUUUUCAGGGGCAAACCCAUUUGCCAAUAAAGCAUGUCUGAAAAUCCUGUGGUUCAGAUUUCUGAAUAUGCAUAGUCCUGAAUGGAAUCAGUUUCUUAGAAAAAACUACCCCCCAAAUGCAAUAAGCUUAAUAGGUAUGAUCAGCAUCACCCUCACGCUUUUGGCAUGAAAUGAACAAUUAGAGUAAGUAAACCAUAAAGCAUUUGCAGGCUUGCUGCUGUAGUAAUUCCUUGGCAGAUUGAUCGCUUCCAUCAGGCUCCUGCAGUGGGCAACCAAGGAUUUAUAGGGCAUAACGAAAAGCACUCUUCAUAAUAGUUCCUUCUGGUAAAGAUGACAAAAUGCUUGAGGUCAAAACACAUAUAAAGCACAUUGUGAAAUAAAAGUAGUUCUGCUGUCACAGGAGCAGCCUUGGGAACAGGUAGCUCACACCUUCAAAACGUGCAACUGAGAGACGUCUGGGCAGCUUAAUGCUAUGUUAGAGUGAUUAUUAAGAAAUCAGGAUUGCCAGCUCUUGUGAUUUUGCAUACAGUGGUGCCCCGCAAGACGAAUGCCUCGCAAGACGGAAAAACCGCUAGACGAAAGGGUUUUCCGUUUUGGAGUUGCUUCGCAGGACGAAUUCCCCUAUGGGCUUGCUUCGCAAGACGAAAAUGUCUUGCGAGUCUUGAGAUUUUUUUUUUCGCUUUCCCCCCCCUUUAUCUAAUCUGCUAAGCCUUUAAUAGCCUUUAAUAGCCUUUUAGCAGCUAAUCCCCUAAGCCUUUAAGCCUUUAAUAGCCGCUAAACCGCUAAUAGCGCUAAUCCGUUAAGCCGCUAAUAGGGUUGCUUCGCAAGACGAAAAAACCGCUAGACGAAGACUCUCGCGGAACGGAUUAAUUUCGUCUUGCGAGGCACCACUGUAUGUAUUUUUAAGAUCACCCAAAUAUUUUUGUUCCUGUAGAAAACAUAAAAUGGAUUCCUUCUUUGGUGACAGACUGCAGGUGGAAUCAAAAACAAGAUCUACCAUCAUAUUACUACAAAUCUCAUAAAUUAAUUCAAAAUGGUGUAAUAAAGUCUUCCUAUAAUAUUUUCCAAAUUCUGAAAGUUGCAUUUCAAAAGUUCUUAAUGAACUGAUUGACCUUCAUAGAUCCUAUAAACCAUGACUCAUAAUACAUAUAAAAACUACAUAGAGGUGGGAAAAUAGGAUAUACUGAGAUUUAGCUACAGAACCCUGCUGAAUUAAGCACAUUUUUCCAUUGCUCUACAGAAAAACAGUACUCCUCUUUUGCUUUUUUCUGAACUUCUCAGCAACUUUUGUAUGACAGUAGUGAAGAAUGGUGAAAGUUCACAUCUGUUGCUGUGCUUGGUUUAGGGAUUAUAUCGUUUAAGUUUAUUACAUUUUGUUAAAUUUAUAUUUUAAUUCUGUUUUUAUUACUGCCAGUGAGAUUGAAGACCAAAUUAAAAAUACAACAAAUAAUACUUUUUAAAAUAUGCCUUCUUUUACUGUCAGCUUUUCACUGAGAAUUUUGUUACAAAUGCACUAGCUGCAAUAUUGUGGUGAUGCUGCACCACAUGACAAAUCUAACGGGAAACUGAGGGGUAAAUUAGCAGGAGUGGCUGCAGCACUCAGAACACUAUAGACCAGGGGUCAGCAAACUUUUUCAGCCGUGGGCCAGUCCACCGUCCCUCAGACCAUGUGGUGGGCCAGACUAUAUUUUGGAAAAAAGUAAAAUGAACAAAUUCCUAUGCCUCACAAAUAACCCAGAGAUGCAUUUUAAAUAAAAGCACACAAUUCUACUCAUGUAAAAACACGCUGAUUCCCAGAUCUUCCUCGGGCCGGAUUUAGAAGGCGAUUGGGCCAGAUCCAGCCCCCGGGCCUUAGGUUGCCUAACCCUGCUGUAGACUGAAGGAGAACAUUUCUAUCUUGCUGUACUGUUAUCACCAUAAAUUGGGUGACCUGGAUUACUCAUUUUUUCAGUGAGAGAAGACUUGUGGCAAAGGUUGCUGAAGCUGCAAAGGUAAAGUCUAGUUGUGCUGAGCAAAAUGCAGUGUUUCACUGGCAACUCUCAUUCAGCAUGGGGGCCGUUUUGUAACUGGACUGACUGCUAUACACUGUCCUGGAGCAUCACAUGAUGCAGCACAUACUUCGCUUCUGGUUCCUUCCAGUUAGGGACAUAGGUGGUGUUGCGGUCUAAACCACUGAGCCUCUUGGGCUUGCCAAUUGCAGGUCAGCAGUUCAAAUCUGUGUGAUGGGGUGAGCUCCUGUUGCUUUGUCUCAGCUUCUGCCAACCUAGCAAUUUAAAAGCAUACCAGCGCCAGUAGAUAAAUAGGUACCGCUGCGAUGGGAAGGUAAACGGCAUUUCCAUGUGCCCUGGCUUCAGUCAUGGUGUCCCGUUUUGCCAGAAGUGGUUUAGUCAUGCUGGCCACAUGACCCGGAAAACCUGCCUGCAGACAAACGCUGGCUCCCUCAGCCUGAAAGCGGAGAUGAGCGCCACACACCAUUCAGUUUUAAAUAAAACUUUACAAAUCUAAGAAUAAAUAAUCCAUACAAAUGCACAGAUCUGAUGAAGCAUUUCCACUGUGCGCAACAGCAACACGAGGCAGGGCUAUGACACAUGUCAGCCUCCACUGCCUCCUGACCUGAUGCUUUCUUUAUCAUCAUCAUCAUCAUUUUAUACUAUGCCUUUUUUCCUGAUGGGAAGCUAGGUGGCUUACAGAUAAACAUAAGAACCACUAAAAACAUACAGAAACUAUAAUUACGUAACAACUGAACAUUGAUAGAAUUAAAACCACACACACACUUAAACCAAAUGAAUGAUUACAAUAAAAACAGAAUGGCACAAGCCCUUUAACUAAAAGCAGUCAGUUCCUCAAAGCCUGUUCUAACUUCUCUAGGGAGGGAGUUCCAAAGCCUAGGCCGUUUUCCAUAUGUAUGUGUUUAGGGGUUGUGUGAACCUGAAUUUGCUGCACCUGGCCUUCAAAAAGGUGUGACAGUAGCUGCCAAUGUGUAUCAUACGUAUCUGCUCAGUUGUCAAUAAAUUGCUGUAAAAGAUGCACAUUAUGGCAAAACAGCUGCCAAGAAGAUGCUGCAAAGCUAUCUAGAUGGUUAGAUUCAAAUUGUAAAUCCAUUGGCUUAUUUUAUUUUUUAAAAAAACAAACUUUAUUGGAAAUUUUUUUUAAAGUGAGAAAACACAUAAUGUUGUCUUCUGAAAUAAAUGCAUGUACAUAUAUUUAGUCCUGUCUGCAGUCAUACAUUACAGUGGUACCUUGGGUUACAUAUGCUUCAGAUAACAUACGCUUCAGGUUACAGACUCCACUAACCCAGAAAUAUUACCUCGGGUUAAGAACUUUGCUUCAGGAUGACAACAGAAAUUGUGUGGCGGCGGCAGCUGGAGGCCCCAUUAGCUAAAGUGGUGCUUCAGGUUAAGAACAGCUUCAGGUUAAGAACAGACCUCCAGAACGAAUUAAGUUCUUAACCCGAGGUACCACUGUAGUUUAUAACCACUAGGAUCACUUAAUGAGCUGUUCAGCAAUGCUACAGCUGUGCUGUUUUAAGCUGAGGGUCUUAGCUCUUUGUGGAGAGAACUGGUAUUCUUUCUCAGAAAUCCAUUACUUCCUCUGUGUAGCAAAGACCCGAUAAGGGUCUGGAGCCUAGUGCUGUUUCAACAACUUUUUUUUAAAAAAAGAUCGUGAAGUUCAGGAUAUUGUUCCCCUGGGUGGCAACAGCAAGAAAAGCACCCUUUUCUUGCAUGUUCCCUCACCCUUUCUCAUUUGCAGCCCAAGGAAAUUAGGCUGUUUAUCCUCAAAAGGAAUUUUUGAGUUAGGUUACGCAGAAAGUUCAUGACAACAAUGAAUUAUGUUGAUAAAAUACAACUGAAGGGACCAUUCCAUAGAGAGAUUUGAGUUUCAGUCCUGACCCGCCUGAAGCCAAGUCCCAUGUCCAGCGCUUGUGGUGGUGGAGCAGCAUGGCAGGGGGGCCUGUGGACGUUGCACUCAGACUCACUUUCUGCAUAGAGACUCAUCCUUGAACUGCUGUGGGUUCAGAAUGCUCAGAAAUCGUAAUUCUUGAAAUCCAAAAAAUGCAGGCUUAGUUUCUCAUGAAAAGAUGUCUAUAUCCUUCCCCUUCCAGUGCUAUACCAAAAUACUAUUUUCUUGAGUUGGGAAAUCUCCUCUGGUGUUAGUUGCUCUUUUUAAAAUAAUGCAGGAAAAGGUAAGCGUAGAUGGCCUUUUAAAUGUACUGCGUUACAAUUGUGAUCCCUCAUAUAGACAAAUUCCUUUAGUCAGGGCAUCACAAUGGCUCUGAAUGUGAACAAAUCUAUUCCUGAAACACACUGAAAGCCAACACCAUUUUCUUAGUGUACUAAUGAAGAUUCAUAGAAAAUAGUACAGCAGAAGGAGAAAGAUUCCAUUCACUGACCUGAUUUUUCUAUGAAAAAACUGUGUUUGUUAGACUUAAGAUUCCUGGUAUAUUAAAGAUGGGUUCAAAUGCUUCUUUAACAGUAGAAUAUUAAUGCAUUAAUGUUUCUGGAGCUGGAGUUUAAAAUCCUCCAGCUAUAUUGAUGUAAAGGUAAAGAGGACCCCUGUUCUCUUGGGAGGGGGCCUUUCCUGCUGCCUGUCCCCAGUGAUGGAACCUUCUGCCCCCUGAAAGACCAUCUGAACAUUUUUAUCCUGGAAGUAGUUUUAUCUGCACUAACUGUUAGUUGGACUAAGCCUCAAGGGUCUGAAUGUUUUUGUGUGUUAUCUCCUGUUGAGGGACCAACUAACAUAGAGAUAAGAAAAGCCAGGCAAUCCCAGCUCAAAUCACAGCUGAGCCAUGAAUUUGCUGGGCGGCCUUAGGUGGUAGCGUCUGUGCAUCCCCCAUUGUAAUACAAAAUUAAUAGGGAUUAGAAAGGCUCUUUAUAAAUGGUAUGCCAGUAUGCUUGCUGGAUGAUGAUGAUGUGCUUGCAGUCUCAAGCAGCAAGCUUUUGGGGAAUAAUAGUCUGGAUCAUGAUGGUGGUGGUCAUGAGUGGCGUACUGCAACUAACUUUGCCGCAUGUCCUGGUUCUCUUUGGGGUGCCAGUCCCUCCAUUCCGUUCUUCCUCCACUCCUCCACCCCAGCUAGUCAGCCAGCAAUUCUGUGCCCACUGAGUGUGGCCAGAACUCAUUGUGCUGUUGGGGAGCGGAGCCACUGAUGCCCAAUCUCAUCUGUAGUAAAAUCUUGGAUUUAUCUUUUGAUUUCUAUGCAUAGCUCUCACUUAUGGAAUCAUAGAAUUGUAGUGUUGGAAGAGACCCUGAUGGCCAUCUGGUCCAACUCUCUGCAAUGCAGAAAUCUCAGCACAUGGUUUCCCUAUCCAAUUUGAAACCAUACCAGACCCUGGUUAGCUUUGCAAAUGUUCUAGUGGGUUGUUGUUUUUUUUAAUUGCUGCACUACGUAUGUCCCUCAAGACUUUUAAAAAUAGCUUCUCAGUGAAAACUAGGAAAUGUUUUGCCCAGACAAUGUGAUAGUUUCUCACUACCUUUUCUUUAUCUAUGUGUCCCUUCCUCUACCCUCCUUUCCCAGCCAUUCAGUUCCUUCUCCCACAUAUUUUUAAUUCUAUUCCUUGGCCAAUGUUCUAUAGGGAGCCUUAGAGUUCUUAGUCUGCCCCACAUGUGGGGGGAAAGUCACCCAGAGAUUUGGGUUGAAGUAUCAUCAGUACAAGGAAAAUACUAGACCCUACCUCUCCUUUCCAUCUACUUGAACUGGUACCUUGGAGGCCCUGCUUCGUGUGCUUCCCCCAUGAGAGGAGCAGAGGGUGGCAACAGGAGAACAGGCCUUUUCUACAGUGGCUCCCCAUUUGUAGAAUGCUCUUCCUAGAGAGGCUCGCCUGGCUGCAUCACUACAUAUAUUAGGCACCAGGCAAAAACGUUACAAGUGUGUGGAGGGUUAUUGCUUUGUUUGCUAUUAUGUUAUGUACCGUACUUUUGUGUUUUUAUAGUAUAAACUGCCCUUUGAUUCUCGGCUGAAGGGCAGUAUAUGAAUUUAAUAAAUGAAAUGUUUUUUAAAAAACUGAGGCAGUUGUGGGUUCUGUGAGGGGAAGCAAACUGAAGCAUAAUCCAAAUAAGAUUAAAGGGGCUUUUGCUUGGGAAAUUUACUUUUCUGGAUGGAGGUUUGCAACUGGUCCUAGAUGGGGUUGUGCUCCUCUUGAAGAAUCAGAAUCUUGAAGAAUCAUGAGUUAGGAGUGCUGUGGCCCUCACUACUAACUAGGGAUGCUCAGGUGGUGGUGGUGAACAAAGCUGCUUUUUAUCCUCUGUGAUCCAUUCUGGGAGAAUGGAUUUUGCUUCCAUUAUCCAUGCACUAGUUAGUGACUUCCAGUCUAGACUAUAAUGCAUUCUACCUUACAUUAUAGAACUGCAUCUGGUACAAAAUGUAGCUGUGCAGCUUCUGCUAGCACCAAAUAGGUUUAGCAUGUUACACCAAUAUUGUACCAGAGUGUUUCAGGGGCCCAUUUAAAGUGCUGCUGAUGAACUUCAAAGCCUCAAGUAGUUGCCGCACCUGUACCAACCUGUCCACACCUAAGUAUCUGCUUCAGGGAACCUGCUUCGGUGCCUGCCUGCAAAAACAAUUUGGCUAGCAGGCACACAGACAAUGACCUUCUCAGGGGUGGUCCUGCAGUUAUGGAAUUCACUCUGUACUUUUGAUUUCUACAAGCAAGUUUUUAAGGCAGACAUUAUCCUUAGAAACCAGCUGAAGUUGUUAAAAUAUCUCUCCUCCCCCCCAGAUGUGCAGGCUUAUAUGUUUUAGGGGAAAACAUUCUGUAUUUUUGAUUAUCAUGUGCUCAUGGAGCUCUGCCCUUUAAAACUAAUGUUAUGCCCAUUUGCUCAGGUGAGGGGAAACAGUCCCUGUGCUAAUUAGAAUUUUCCACUAGAAAGCACAUCAUAAUAAUUACACGAAGCUCCAGCAAGGGGCAGUACAGGAUCAAUUACUGUCAAAUCUGUUCUGGUGAAUAUUAGUAUUGUGCUGAUCACAAUGCAGUUUAACUCAUGUUAUGGAACUGUUUCAAGAUUCUAGAAGGACCAAAGUUUUUCAAGCUACAAUGUGUUAGUUAAUAUGGCUUGGUUUUAUGCAAAUAAUUUUUGGCAUGUUCACUUUCAUUGCAGGGGGUGUCUUGAGCACAAAUACUGUGGUUAAAACAUGCUUUCUUAGUGAAUACACAUCACUCUUGGAAACACUGGGAAAGUAGUUCACUUAAUAUUGAAAACUAAACUUCUGAUUCAUGUAUAGCGACAGCCCAGGAGAGAAUAGUAUUGACUGAAUGAUUGACCGAAUUUAUAUAUGGCCCUAUACCCAGAGGUCUCAGGGCAGUUCACAAAAUAAAAUCAAAAUAUAAAACUACAAAAUAUGGAUUACCAGGCAAGGAGGGUGCCACUUCUGGCCACCUCCCCACACUCCCAAACAUGCUUCUAAUUGGCCAUGGUGGCAGAAGCCGCAGAUUCCCAAAUUAGUUUGGGAGGAAGAAGGUGGACAGUAGUGGUUCUGGUCAGCUCUGGCUCCUGGGAGCAGGGGCCCCAGGGCUGGUGGAAGGAAGGCGGAGCCAGUAAAGCAGUCUGCUGCUGGGGGCUGCUGCAGCCUGUUCUGCCUGCCCCUCUGCAGCUCAUCUGGGCCAUCUUUCCACCAACCUUCAUCACACGGAAGCUUGAAGCGCCACCUGCCUGUGGCCAUGCAAACUGCAAUGUGACAACACUAUUACAUACUUACUAUAUAUGUAAGAUUUGGAGGAUGGGUUUGAACAGUAGCCUUGGCUGAAAAACUGACUUGCCAAAUGCAUGCAUCUAAAGGAAAAACAAGUGCUUAUCUUUUCUAUAACAUUUGGCAAUUGUUUACUGAGCACGUGUAGCAAGAAGUUAGUACUCAGAAUCUGCUACAGUCCCAUGGCAACAUGUGGAGAGACUUUUUAAGACUAUCCUUCAGAAAUAAGUUCUGAUCUUUCAUAGCAUUGUGGGUGACGUGUUUUGAGUUGUAUUGCUGUAUCUGUGAUAUAAACUCGAAAAGUAAUAAAACAUAUUUUCCCCUAGGGGGCGAGAAUCAGAUCCUGGCCUAAAAGGCAGAAUGCGUUUUAUUAUUUUUGUAAGUACUGUAUUUAGAAAAUGGAAGUGGGUUGAAAUUGAGAAGCCUUCCUUUUUCAUAUUCACAUGCAUUUUUGAGUUUAAUGGCUGUGUUAACAAAAAAUGCCACAUGUUUGAUAGUGAGUGAUAAGCUCAUUCUCAAAUGUAUGAUGUUCCUUUAAAGCAAAAGGCUCAUUUAUAUAAAUAAGGGCAAAGCAAGCUCAGAAAAUUUACUUUUGUUCUCAAACAGCCUGCCUUUUGCAGGAGGGCUUCAGUGCUAUUAUAUUGCAUCUAAUCAUAAAAGAACAGGAAAAAAUGGAGCAGCAAUCUAUACCAGGAACCUUUCUGAAAGGGUCGUGAUCCUAUUAAGGCUUCUACCUUUUCCAGUCCCCAAUGUCGGUGAAAUUGAAUGGAAUGCAAAUUGGGACAGGGCAGCGAACUUCAUUGAGCGGCUUAAUAAGUCAAACUAUGCCAGUAGUGGGAAUUCUGCAUUUCCCCCUCAUUUUAUUGUGUGUACACUUUUUAAAUCUACAUCUUGGUUGAGGUGAAUGACACAAAAUGGCAUCAAAUUGAAAAACAGGAACAAAUGCUUAACCUUGGAAGAAAGAGCCAUUGAAACCAGUGGUUCAGCAAGGUAAUUUUAGACCCUGGACUUCAUGGUCUUAUGGGGAACAGCUUGAUUAGAUAGUCAUAUGCAUUACUUCACUUGUAAAGCACACAAUUAAUCUUUUUCUCCUCUCCACACCCCACCAUUCCAUGUUUUAAAACUGCUUCUAUGUACCUGCUACACUAGAGUGAAAAAACAAGCAAGAAACAGAUUGCUAACCUUGAUUUAAAAUAAUAAUACUCUAAGCUUGUGCAGUUUCACAUUUUAAAGUCAAUUAAAUCAUAGUACCAACAUGGCUUUUGUUUAUUUAUUUAUAUUGCACCUUUUGUCCCUUACAGGGACUCAAUGCUGAUUACAGAUAAAAUAAGAAUAGAUAAAAAACAUUUAAGAGACAAUAAUUUUAAAACAAUUAAACAUUAAUAGAAUUAAAGCUAUCUAUUUAUAUUAGCAUAUGUAUCUAUCCAUAUGAUACCUGUUUAAACCACACAGACAAUCACAACAGAAAAAGCAUGGCAUCAGCCCUGUUAUUAAAAACAGUCAGUUCCCCAAAGCCAAGGUGUCAACCAACAUUCUAGAUUUGGAAGGCGAUGAUAUAGAAUUUGGCUGGCAUGCAUGUCUUUGGUGUGGGAAAGCUAAAAUUUAUAAGAGUUUUACAAACCACAUUAUUAGGAAGAAUUUAUAUAGAGUUUGGGAGAAAUACAAAAAUUUGUUGGAAAGGAAAACACCAAUAUGGUUCCCCCCCCCCCCAUUGAAGCAAUGACAAUUAAGAGAGUUAAUAUGGAUAGACAAUGGGCGACAUAUAGGGAACUGCUGGAUUUUACAUGGAGGUCACUCAGACUGAAACCUAUUUGAAAAACCACAAUUUGAAAAACAAUUAUUACCAAAUAAGGACAAGUUAUUGUCUAAAAUGUAUAAUUCUUUAUUAGAAUGGGAAACAAAAGGCGAGCUAGUCAAAGCUUCAGGGACACAUUGGGCAAUAGAUAUACGACACAAUAUAGACUUAAAACUCUGGGAGAAACUGUGGAAAAAUGAUUUCAAAGAGAAUUACAGUGGUACCUCAGGUUACAGACGCUUCAGGUUACAGACUCUGCUAACCCAGAAAUAGUACCUCGGGUUAAGAACUUUGCUUCAGGAUGAGAUCACAAAUCACACGGCGGCAGCGGGAGGCCCCAUUAGCUAAAAUGGUGCUUCAGGUUAGGAACAGUUUCAGGUUAAGAAUGGACCUCCGGAAUGAAUUAAGUUCUUAACCUGAGGUACCCCUGUAAAGUCAUAGUAUGCUGUAUGGACAAAAUAUUCAUCUGGGAAAGAGGAGCCCACCAUCUUUGGAUUCCCUGCACUCCUCGAAGUUUGUGCCUUCCACAUCUGUUGUACCUGUUAAAGGUAAAAAGUCAUAUAUCUCCAGUACUUUGGGAAUUAAUGGGAGAAGAUAAGAGACCAAGAAGCUGGCAAUUCUGGAUAGGCAUUUGGGGACUUAUAAAGUUAGCCUCUCCCUAGAAGUGUGGCCUAAUAGACCUCAAAAGUUCUUUUUCAAGCCUGGUUUAGGAGAAUUUUUCAGGGCUCUCCAGAGGUGAGAUGUGGGGUAAGAAUUGAAUUCCCUUGAAUGCCCCCUUUUCAUGUCAAAAUUAGACCUCGCUUCCACUUGAUGUGUGAAGGAGGCAGUCACAUGAACAAACUAAGAGGCCUGGCCCAGUCACCUCUGGUUUUGCCCUAACUGAUAAGGAAACUGUUAUUAAUCCUGGUCUGCACACAUCCUGCAAAUUUCUAUUUUACUUACUCCAGAUUUAGCAUGCUUAAGAUUGCUGACAAGCUAGUGGACGCCAAUACACAUUGAAAUUCUGAUGGAAUAUAGUUGUAUUACAAAGUGGGGUCUGCAACAAGGAAGCAGGAGUGUUGCUCUGUGGUUUCAGUUUACUCUAAAUUAUUCUAUCUCUAUGUCCUCAACAUUCUGGAGCACCUGGAAGCUCUUAGUCUUGGGGGUGGUAUGAAAAAGCAAUAAUUUACCAAUAAUAUUGUACAUCAUAUACUUGGGGUGCCCCCAUCCCCAAGUAUGAUGAAGGCCCAUAACAUUUUGAACACUCUGAAAUUUACUUCUAAGUAAAUAACCUGGAGUCAGUCCAUAAAUAAUUUGAAAAUAAUUCAUAUGAUUUACCGUAUUUUUCGCUCUAUAAGACGCACCAGAUCACAAGACGCACCUAGUUUUUGGAGGAGGAAAACAAAAAAUAUUCUGAAUCUCAGAAGCCAGAACAGCAAGAGGGAUCGCUACGCAGUGAAAGCAGCAAUCCCUCUUGCUGUUCUGGCUUCUGGGAUAGCUGCGCAGCCUGCAUUCGCUCCACAAGACGCACACACAUUCCCCCUUACUUUUUAGGAGGGAAAAAGUUAGUCUUAUAGAGCAAAAAAUACGGUAUUUUUCCUUUAGUUUUCCAAAAGAUCAUUGCAACCCCCCUUAUUGUCUAUAAAUACAAAUGCCUACCUAUGUCUGGAUUAUGCAAUUGUCUGCUGAGGAGACCAUUCUCAAGUCAUGGCCUUAUACCUAUUUAGUAAAUUGUAUUGAUUGUGAAAAGUUGGAUGUAACAUGUAACAAUUAAAUUUAUUGCCCAUGACAUAUCUGGAUUGCCAAUAAUUCAUAUUGGUUCACUUAUCUUCAAGCCCUAAGACUAAAUGGAAUUCACUUAGCUAAGCUCAGACUCUCCAGUAAGUACUUAAUCGAGAAUCUGUCUCCCUCUCAAGAGGUUUUUAUUAAAAUAAAAUGUGACUCACAGCAAACCUGACAGUUGAGCAGUUAGCUUACAAAUCUGAUUGUGAUGGCAGAGCAGGCAGAAUGAAUAUAUGUAACUACCCUGACAUGUCAGUGCAAGGCUGGAAACAAGAACUGAUGAAUGGGAUGAGCUUGGCCUCCCGCCUUGCAGUGCAGGCGGCUUUAGGGAAAGAGAAGGCUCCUUGUGCUGGCUGACCCGUCUUAUCUUCGCAAUUCACAUUUUGUUACUGUGUGUCUCAGGGACACAGAUGCUUCGUUUAAGGGGAAGCGUUUUGGCAAAGAGGGAAAGAAGAUUGGGUGUAGCGUUUGGGCUCUGAACUCACUUGCUUCAUUUAAUGUAUCCAUUUGUGUUGAUGUGCAUGCUUCAUUUGCGUAAAUUAACUAACAUAGCACAUACUUUCUUGCAUGAUUAAUAACCCCAGAUUUUACUUUCCUAGAGAAAGAAGUGCCAGAACUUGUUGACCUUUUUUUAGGGGGAGGACUUCUACGCUCCCCCUACCGUUGCAGGAGAAAAAUAAACUCCACAGCCCCAAGUGCCGUACCUCCCGACACCUCUGUUGGGCAGCCCGAGCGCUGUGCAGGGGGACAGCACCCCAGCACUACAGAGCUGGCGGAACGCAGCAAAGAGGUGCUGGAACUCAGUUCCAGUCAGUUCUGGCUGAAAAAAAAGCCCUGCUUGUACUGUGUAACAAACAAGCAAGAACAGCUGAAGUUUGACUGCCUCUCUACUUCUUUGACCUAGUUUGGGUAAUUUCCUUAAUCCUGUCACUGCACUCCAAUAAAAAGCUUUACUUGCUCAGCUGUUCCUAUUUGGCUGCUGAUGAUUUCUUUGAGAUUAAGCCCUGCAUUUAAUCAAAUACUCUAGUAAUAGCUUCUGGUUUGGUUUGGUUUGGUUUGGCCUGGCUAGGCAGCAUUCUUAACAGUUUUGUCACAGAUUUGGUUACGCUCUGUCAUGUACACGUAGGGAGUUACUUCAAAAGGGUGUGUUGUAUACUUAUAAAUGUUUUAUGUUAAUAACUUAAGAUUUGAGAAAAAAGGUUUUUUUCCUGUACUUUCAGGUAUGUAAAACCACAAACUUCUAAUAGUAAAAUCCAGUUCUACCACAUCCAUAAGAGGGUCUGGGAGAUGAACAUAUAAUGUGUGAAAGACUUCUAAUGAAGACAUGUCCACCACCUUCUAAGGCUGCCUGCUCCACUGUCAAACAGCUCCUGCCUUAAGGAAGUUGUUGUUGAUAUUAUUUGUUUGUUUGUUUGUUUGUUUAUUCCCCUGGUUUUCCCCUGACAGAGGGACUCAAGCCAGCUUACAGAUAAAAAUAAGAACAGCUAAAAACAUAGAAGAAAAACAAGCAUUAAAGAACAAUUAAGCAUUGAUAUAAUUAAAACUAUACAUAUACAUAAAAAAUAUAUUACUACCAUACAAAUAAUUGCAAUAAAAACAGCCCAUUCAUUAAAAGCAGUCGGUUCCCAAAGCCUGUUGGAGCAAGAAAGUCUUUACUUGGGUUUCCAGCUUCGUCACGAGUCAAUAGUGAUCACUCCUCACUGCCCUCUGCAGGGGAAAGCCAGGAUUUAUGAGGCAAAAAUCCUGGCAGUGUUCCCCAGUGGGGUCUGGGGAGCUCACUGCAUCCUGCUAUGCUGCUCAAGCCGGUGUCUGCCAACUUGAAAGGCCGAGCGGGUGCGACCUGGGAGUGUGUCCCUGCCGUCUCCGCCAUGAUUUGUUCUUGUUUCCUCCAAAAUUUCCGUCUCUUUGAAGGUAUCUGAAUGUUUUCUUUGAAACUUGAGAAACCUUACAACAGCUGAGAAAGGAGGGGGAGGACAAGGUGCUUUGUGCUUUUAUAUAGUUUUCAAAUGGUCUCCUUGUCCUCCCCUGCAAAAUGAAAGAGACUUAUGUAGCCGCUCUUGUGUUAUUCUGUUUGUUACCUCGGAAAAGAGGGGAGAGGCUUUUGAUUUAUGCUUAACAAGGAAUCUAACAAGAUUUUACUAUGCCCUCCCCCCUCAACCAAGGCUGAAUGGACUUUAUUUAAAAUUAUUCCUGGACUGGGCUAGGAGUGCUGUUGGUGCAGUGAAAAAAGAAUGAAUUGCUGCCGAGCACGUAUGGCGGAGAGGCUGAAUGUGAGAAAAGAUCCUGUUUUUAACUGUGCUGAGGAAGAACUCCAGAGAGGAAUUUUAAUGGCAGAGACUGAAUAUGCACUCUGUGACUUAUUUAUGGCCGCAGCGCAUACGCUAAUCGGUGAACAGUGGAAGGAAUGGAAUGUGACCUUUACUUGUCGGUGGAAGGAAGGAGGCAGUCUGCCUUAUUUAAGGAGGGAGUUCCAAAGCCUGGGAGCAACUACCAAGAAGACCCUCUUCUGCAUCUCCACCAAGCGUGCCUGUGAGGGUGGUGAGACCGAGAGAAGGGUUUCUCCUGAAGACCUCAGUAUUUCUGAUAGCUUGGACCUAAGCCAUGUAAGGCUUUGUAGGUGAUAACCAGCACUUUGACUUGUGCCCUGAAACAGACCCAUAGUCAGUAGAGCUGUUGCAACAAGGGAAUUGUCUGCUCCUUAUAACCACCUCAGUCAGCAAUCUGGCUGCAGCUCUUGAGGCUGGUUGAAGCUUCUGGGCAAUUUUCAAAGGCAGCUCCACGCAGAGUAUGCUACAGUUCUGUCCAGUGUUUAGUUCAUUCACUCAUUCAGCCUUUAUUGGCAUAAUAAUGUUCAGUUGAAAUCCCCUUCCUUGGUUUGGGCCCUACCUUAAGAAGCAACAGGAAAACCUCCUUAGCUUUGGAACUGCAGAGAUGGGCAGGGGUCUUGCCACCAAUUGUGCAGCAGCCCCCCAGGUUCAAGACUGGGAGCAAGGCUGGCUCUUUUGGCUAGUGUGCUUCUGAGCUCACUGAAAUACAGACCUGCCUCCCCUGGCCCUCUCUCCUGCCCUGGAGCUGGAACUCUCUCCUUGGAAUGCCAAUGGAUUUUAAUUGGCUUGAAAAGUGGCCUAUGAGUUUGAGUGAAAAGCAGGGUUAUGAAUGAAUAAAUAAAUAAAUACAUACAUACAUACAUACAUACAUACAUACAUACUGUUCACGGAAGGAAGCAACUGGAUAGCAGCUUGAAACAGUAAUAGCCCUAAAAUAAAAACAAAAACACUGGCAUGAUAGAAUAACACAAAUUGAAUCCCUGGUGUAUUUCCAUUUACAACUUCCCUUCUGGUGAAACAACUCAGUUAAAGAGCAGGUUUCAAGUGCUAAAUUAAUAUUUUUUUAAGUACACUGAAUGAAUUAAAUUGCUUCUAGUUACAAUCUUUUAUCCCAGAUUUCAAGUGAGAGAGUUGUUAACCUAGCUAUAAGCAGACUUAAAAUAGGUGUUUCUUAAGAACCUGCUGACAGGAUAAGUGCAGUGCUUCAAGUAAACCAUUCUAAUAGUUGGGCAUUAAACAUCUUAUUUUACUUAAAUGUGUCUAUUGUGGAAAAUGUCCUUUGUGAGAGAACUGAACUUUGUACCAUAACCAAAUUCCACUGACACCAUUGUGAGCGGUAUUUCACAGGAAGUAUAUGUUCAAUGCAUUUGUUAAUGCAGUUCUCAGUGUUAAUGUAACUUUUAGACUGGUCUGGCUGUAAGUAUCACGAUUAUAGGCUUGUGUGUGUAGCUGGAGAGUAUAGCAUUUAGUGAAUGAAGUAUCUGAACUUCCACAUUUCCAUAUUCUCUAUGGCAAAUCUUUACCCCGGGGAUAAAAAUUGGGACUCAAGCCCAAGCUCCUCCCCCAUCAAAUUUUUCCCCUGAAGAGACAGAUUUGUGUCCUGCCUCCCCCACAACACAUACACACAUCUUGCUCAAUCCAGACCACCAACACCCAGCCCAUUUUCUCUGUUCUCCUCUGCACCCACCUUUGCAGUCCUGCUUGCCCCCCACCCUGAGUGCUCUUCACCAGUGCCACCCUGCCCCCUCCCCUUUCUCAGCUGCCAAGGACCCCACUCAACUGCAGCCCUGUCUAUUCCCUACAUUCCUACAUUCCUCGUUUCCCCCACCCCUCUCUGGUGAAUGUUCCCAGUCACCCACCCACCUCCCUCCCUCCCUCCAGCUACCCUUACCCCUGGAAGACAGUCACCCUUCCCACCCUCCACAUUCCAGAUGUAGUCUCAAUAUCUGCCCCCCUGCCCACAUCCACAGGCCUUUUCCUGAGCCUUCCUGAUCAUGGAGGUUCUUCAACCAUGCCCCUCACAGCCACUAUCCCCAUCCACCUCGCCCGCCUGCCUGCCACUGUCACAGCACACCGACGGACCUCCACAGUAACCAUAGAGAGGGAAAGUGGGAAGUGGAGUGGCACGCCAGCUUCAGUGCCUGGAUAACCAGAGGUAAUUUCUGGGACUUUCCAGGAUCCAAUCAGAAGCCAGGAAUUUUUUUUAUUAAAAUUUUUUGGAAUGUCCCAGUAAAAACAGGACGGUUGCAGGCUAUGCUGUGGUGGUUUAGGCAGAUGUCAUUUCAGUUUUCUAAAAAAUUCUUGCUUCAUAUACCAUAUGUAACAAAGACUGCUGUGGAAGGCAAGAAUUAGUCAGUUUUGUGUGCAUGUUAGCUUUCCUGAAAUAUACCUUGUUAAUUUCCACAUUUCUAUAUUUCACAUGGUUUAGUAUAGUGUCUUUUCAGUGUUUUAAAACUGGCUUCCUUUCGUUCCUUGCUAUUGCAGCACUAAGACUGCUGUGGAGGGCUGUAAGCAGUGUCCUCAAGAAUCUAAUGUCUUCCAAAUUGGCAUGGCACCUGCUCAUUCUGGCUCUUUCCAUACUGGUGUGAAAUCCACUGGGUGGUUUUCAUGUACAAGCCCAGUUCAAAUGGGUGAGGGCUGUGCAAGACCCCUGUAGUUGGAAAGUGUGUUCUCAAAAAAUUUGAGAAAAGCAAAGUUGUUGUUUUUUUGAAUGCUUUAUUGAAAUUAAAAGAAACAAAAAUCCAGAAAUAAUAAAAAAUUGCAUCAAAUCACAUUUAAGUCUUCUUACAUCUGUGAUGACUUCCCGUCACCCCAUCAUGCAUCUACCACCUAUUUCUUCAAGGGCACUUUCCGUUUUCAUUUAUUAAUUUUCAUUGAUGACUUAUUCUAUGAGUUUCUACUGUACCACAGAGAUCAUUCAAGGCCUGCCAUUGAUGUCCUGUUAUUGCGAUGUUCCUUAAGAUAUUUUUUGUACAUGUCCCAUUCUUUAAUCAGUAUGUUCUCUCAAUUUCCUUGUCAUUUUUGCCAGCUCAACGUAUUCUAACAAUUUGCUUUGCCACUCCAGUUUGGUUGGGAUUGUGUCCCCCUUCCAGUGUGUAGCGAUUCUUGCAGCUACUGUGGCAUACAAGAAUAUCUUACUCGCUGUUUUAGGGUGUCUGAACCUAGUAUACCCAAAAGGAAAGCUUCUGGCUUUUUAAUAAAAGAGAUCUUAAACAUCUUUUUGAGCUCGUUAUAAAUUACCUCCCCAAAUUUCUUUAUUUUCUUAUAGUUCCACAUAUAUGUAGCAUUGUACCUUCCGCUUCCCCACAUCUCCAACAUUUACUUGAGGUAUUUUUAUACAUUUUAGAUAGUUCUAAUGGUCUUAAAUACCAGCGGAAUUGCAUUUUCAUAAAAUUUUCUUUCAAUACAUAACACACGGUAAACUUCAUAUAACCCAAAUCUUGAGCGCAUUUAACCAUUACUGAUUUUACCUCCUCCUCCUUGACUUCCCAGACAAGAAGGAGUCUAUGCAUUUUAGAAAGAAUUUUUCCUUUGGAGUUAAUCAAUUCUUUUUCCAAUCUGGAAGGCUCCGUCGCAAAACCAUUUCGUUUAUCAAGUUUAAAUAUCUCAUGGAGUUGAUGAUAUUGUAACCAAUCUUACAGAUAUACCCUAAUUUCUUCAAAACCUUUUAGUUUCAGCUGAUUUUCUUCCUCUUAACAAUACUUUGUAUGUUGGCCAAUUCCCUUUCAUAUUUUUCUUCUUCACUGCCAGUGCUUCUAGGGGAGAUAUCCACCGUGGGGUUUUGGGUUCAAGCAGAUCUUUAUAUUUUGCCCAAACCAUAUAUUGAGGUUUCCUUAUAACAUGCUUUUGUGUACCUUGACCUUGUCGUAACCUAAGUAGGCAUGCCAGCCAUAACAGUUGUCAAACUAAAAGGGUUCUAGGUCAGUAUUUUGUAGUAUACACCAUUCCUGGAUCCAGGAGAGACAGGCCACCUCAUAGUAGAGUUUCAAAUCUGGCAGGGAAAAUUCCCCUCUUUCUUUAAGGUCAAUUAAUAGUUUACAUUUAAUCCUGGGCGAAAAGCAAAGUUUUCUUAUAUUCAUGCUCAGGACCAGAGGUGAUCUCUUAGUAGCCUCAGCCCAGAAGCUCUAGGACCCAGUAUGGGUAAGAGGUGGGAGUAUUUGGCCCUUACAGCUUCCACUGAAGCUGUAAAUAUUAAAUGCAACUUUUAGAUUUAGUCAAUUAGUAGUUAAUCUUUAGUUAGCAAUCACAUUCAGUUUUUGGUUUUUGCAGCUUAAGCCUCCAUUUCUUUUUCAGAAAUGUCAACCAGAAUAG